UGAAGUUGAGUGUAAUGCGUGUGAACAGCCCGGUGCACAAACUUGGACGCGGAGUGAAAAUAAUGGUGUUUCCCGCUGAAGUGAGCGGCCAGGUCUCCCAGACAGAGGCUCGGGACUUGUCUUUGAGUUUGUAAACGUGUUAAAUCGAGUGUGAAUGACUCUCGGGCUUGAGUUUUUGGACUGUGUCUGCUAAUGGGCAGCAGAGGCUGAAGUGUUUAGAUACAGUCAGUGACAGGCUGCAGACAGCAGGGAGAGCUGUGCGGAGACCUCUCUGUGUUUGAUUAUGAAAGUUUGUGAGGAGUGAAGGAAAUCUGGGAGCUUUACUGGGACGAAAAUAACUUUACACAGCAGGUAUGUUUACUUCAUUUGUCUAUUCAUGCAGUGAUACAGACGUGCAUUCACAUUCAAGCUUGUUGUCAUUAACAGUCAUUUGAUUGAAUUUUAUUUUUUAGAGAGCCAAAUCACAAAAAGUUAUCUCAGGACUCUUUCCACCAAACGCAGGAAUAAAUCUGGAAAAACUGAUAGAAGAGGCCCACCAAUAGCUGGCACUCAAUAAUAGUCUUGUGUAAGAGAAAUUUCCUUUAAGGCAGAAAUCUCGAAAACAGUCAGACUGAUGGUGGACAGCCAUCUGCCUUGAAUCAGUCUUAAUAACGACAGUAAAUCUUGCACACUCGCCGAAAGCCUUCACACUCAUCAGAUGUUUUAUCAAAUUUAUGCCACAUGAAAAUAAAGCCUCUAAUUUACGGUAAAAAAAAAAAAAAAAAAAAAAACGUCUUUAAUUUGUGCUUCACAGGACCACAUUCAAAUUUAUUGUGAUGUCGUAGAUCGGAGUCUGUUUUAGGGGUCAGUCUGAGAUGUAGCCCCACCGUUCUAAUCCCAUAGACAGGCCUUUACCGAUAAAAUGAAAUAUAUUUUUUGUUUUAUUUCUUUUUUUUUUUUUUACUUUUUGGUUUUCAUGUUAGACUCUAUUUAUAUAGACUGACAGGACAACUUCAUUUUCUGAGCUUUGAGUUGACCAGUCGUAGUCGAUCAAGAGAUUUGACUGAUGGAGUUGAUCUGCCAUGAAGAAAUUCUUAAAAAAAAAUUCUAUUUAAAGAAAAUGUCUGUGAAUCUGAUAUUUAGAGGUCAGAGUGGCUUCCGUCAAUCCAGAUUUCAUCCCACCUGCAGGAAUUUAAUCCUCUCUCUGCUCCUUCAGCAUCCCUCCGCGUGUCCCCGUUUUUUUCCUCCCCAUCUGUGCCCUCAUCCCACGUGGAGUUUGUGUUUAUAUUUGAUAUGUAGGAAAGAGGGAAUCUUAAACCACGGCCGGGCUCUCAUAGGGCUGGAAUGGCCCUUGGUGAUUGGCCUGCCCCUAACAACAAGACGAGUUACACUGACUGAAUAUCUGAGAGGCCUUCUGCACCUUAAUCCGCGCAGAUUACACUUCACGUCGGGCUCAUAUUUAACCAGCGAUUAGUAAUGCGCGAGGAGAUGUACUAGAUUUGAACCGUGAAUGAUUAGAUAUUAUAUGAGCCACUGGACACCCAGAAAAAGAACAAAACAUUUUUGGAUUUUUUAUAAGUGUUUAUUUGUCUUUGAGUAGAUAUUGAGUCCUGGUUGGGAAAGUAUGACGCAUCGCGAACAGGUUGUCCGUUUAUAUUGAUAUGAGCCAAAAUAUUUCUGUAGUUUUCCUCUUCUAGAUAGAUUUUAAUUCAAAUUAUAAAAACGCCCUGUCCUUGUUUUUCCUCAUAAUUAAAAAAAAAUGAAAUGGAAUCAAUUUAUAUUAAAUAGCACACUUAUUUUAAACUCCAUCCUUGACUAGUUUAUGCAUAUCACCAACAAAGACCUCAUAAGACCAAGUGGGAAACCUGCGAAUUAAGUGGCUUUUAACUGAAUAAUGUUUAAUCCAAAUUAAUAAACUGGAAAAACCAAAGGACACGUUUUAAUAAAAUUUAAAUAAAAUAAUGUUGAAUAUUGAUCUCGCUUAAUAAAAUUGAAUUUGAGUCGUAAUGUAUAACCUGACCCACAACACAUUAAUUUGGCUUUUUUCUUGCUAAUAAUUCUGGUAAAAAUUCUGUGUACACGUGUAAUACUGUGGAUGAUUGUAGUACUGGGAUAAAUGUGGCCUAUUUAAACUAACAGGACAACCUGCUCUGCUGUAACAUUAUAUUGGACGUUUAGGAGGACAUUUUGAAGGCGUCAAUUUGAAAAUUACUUGCGCGUGAGCUGUUUCCAUGCCAACUAUAACGGUCCUGGAGCAGUGUUUUUUUAAUCAUCGUCCUCUUUUUGGUCUGUAGCCUCCCUAAUGUCUGAAUUCACCACAGUUUGUCGGCCUGUGUUGUCACUUUUAAUCCUCCGUCGUCUCAUGUGUGUUUCUCCUGUCAAAAGCCACGGAGGGAAACAUAAUUCUCUCUUCUGGGACGCUAAAGGAAAUGGCAGCAUUAUUGAUUCACUGAGCCGUGUCAGGUAGCUAACUACGGGGUGGAUGAAGGGCCAUGCGAGGCAAACGUUGAGAGGGACAGUCUAUUACAGGUAUUUCAAAACUUUUAAACUGAAAGAUAAAGAGUAUCAAUUGCAGUUUGCCACCUUUGAAAAAUAUAAUCUCUUUAAAAAAAUAUACAGUAGGCCUAUAUAUAUACAUGAUUUAAAAUUAAUUUCACUACAAAGAGAAACAUAAUAUUUCAGUCCGUUAGAGUUUGGCAGCCCCUUCACCACUCUCACAAUGAUGUUUAACUUUAACUAUGGCUUGCUGUCCACAAUAUCCUCUCUAAAAAAGACUAAACAAUGAGUCCAAGAGUAAAGUUGAAGCAGACAGAAGGCUUGUUCUGUCCUCCACAAAGGUGAGAGGGGGAGAGAGAGGGAGGGAAAAAAAGAGAAAGAGGAAAGAGGGAGCAGGGGUGGAGAGGGGAGGCUGGUGCACAAAUCAAUUCACCUGAGAGACGCAUUAUUGUCUUGGGUUUCAGGCGAGGAGGAGCUACGCUAUGAAAAAUUAAAAGGAUGCCAGUUAGUUUAAAGGAUAGAGCCAGAAAACACCACAGCGCACACAUGCACACAAAUACAGACUCUUGAAAUGAACAAAAUAAGUUUCACUUUUCACAAAUUUAAUGUUUGACAGAAUUGUUAGCCUUAUUAAAAUGAAGUUAGCAUUUAAAGUUCCUGUGGGAGUUUGCAGCUGGUUAUGAAAAAGGCUGAUAAUAAUACUGACACCUCUUUAUAACCUACAAAAGCAAACAAGACCAUCAGCACAUAGAUCGAUCAUUACUUUGUACUUAUUUUCAAAGAAAUGGAAGGUACUGCUUCGCAGGGGGCGCCAAAAACUGACAUCAACCAAAACUUACUCAGGAGCUUUAAAAUAUUAAUGUAAUCUCACAAAACAAUGAACAUUUUUUUCCUCUUUUUUUCAAUGUUGACAAAAUAUUCUCACAAAAAUGAGAUUUUAUCUGAUUUACUCAUCUAUUCAUUUUUAUUAUUUACUUGCUUCACUCUUUCUGUCUUUCCUGGUGUACAUCUUCCUCCUUGAUGCUGCAGGUAAAUAGAUGAUACUGUUGCUAUAAGUGAAUAUUAAUGGCGGACCUACGUUAGGUCUUUGACAAAAGUAUUUAAAAAGUAAAAUCUAAAUGUGGCCUGUGUAUAAAUGGCGUAACGUGUAAUGUGCAGUGAAUGGUUGGUUAUGCAAGUUGGAACUCUGACAUGGUGAGCAGGACCCCGAUGUGAAGCAGGGAAGUUUUAUUUCAUCCUGAAAAGAUUAGCAACUUAGAGAUAAACUCACCCGCCCAGCUGCUGUUGCAGGAUAUGCUGUUGCUCUGCCUUUCUCUUUCAGAGAUGGUUAGGUGGUGCAGUCACUGUCCAGGCUGCUCUCAUAUUAAAGCCCAGCAUCUCUCAUUAUUUCAUGGCCAGCAAGAGGCAAUUAUCAACAGGCAAAGGUGAAUAGGCUGAACUUCAUCACACAGGAGGAUUUGAUUGGACCUGUGUAGUCAGGGCUGUUCUGGGGAUUUGACCAAUUAAAGUACAGUAAAGAGUAUAUAACACAGACAGGUAAUAAUAUAAGAUAACUUCAGGUGUGAUCUUGCACCGUACAAAUCAAAUCAAUUGUUUGCUCCGGUAAAACCUCAUCUGCUGAACUGAGGACACACUCAGCAAGAAAUAAAAUGGUGUCACAGGAAAAUACUCUAAGCUGAAAUAAAAUGCUGAAACUAGUUUUCCAUUAGUAUUUUUGGCUAAAAUACCUGUAAACACACUUGCUGUGAACAGCAGAUCUGACGGCACUUGAGAACGUAUUGUGUGCAUGUAAGUGCGUGUCUUUGCAGCCUCCUCUUUUGUUGAGCUGUCAAACGUCACAGCAGAGAGGAGACAUUUUGUGGGAUGUGCUGGCAUUGUUUUCCACCUUUUCAGUCCCCUCCUUUGUAACAGCUUUACAGGAACAUAAAAAGGCCAAGAACACGGGGCAAUUUCUAUUAACAUUUCUCCGAUCGCUCCCUCCAGUCGUAGACAAUCACCUCGGCCUCUCCACGGCUGCAGACUUCUGCGCCAACCUGUCUCCUGUCUCGUAUUAACGGGGUCACUCACUGUCUUCGUGAGCUCGCCAGCCACUGUGUCUGUGGUCCAGAGCCAGCCAAGCAGCCAGAUCAUUUACACUUCUCCUUUUUCAUUGUUGAUAUUUACUUCUGCAAUUAUCCCUCAGCUUCACCCUCGGCUGAAGAUGAUAUGCCGAAGUUAGCGCUGCUGCUUCCCUGAUUCGGUCUCCUGUUGCUCACACAUAAACACACUGACAGAAGGUGUAACAGACAGAUGUAGACAUGAAAGAAAGAGAAAUUAAUACUGUAUCAUGAUUCAGACUGCAACGUAGCCUUUACAGCAACACACCUGUGAUGUUUUUUUUCAUCAAACUUGUGCACAGGUCAAGAUAUAAAGCUGUUAUAUUUUUCUGUUCCUCACUGACCCAUAUUUAACUUGAUCAUUUUUGCUCCUAAAGUGUGUGACAGAGGACAAACCAAGCAGCCAUGGAGGCCUCACAGGACCUCAACGAACAGAUGGUGAGUUAAAUGCUACUGUAUGCAUGCAAGUGUGUGUGAGAGAGAGAGAGAGAGCGAGCAAGAGUCCUACGUAUCCCCACAUAAGUCAGGGGAAUGGGUGCAUUUGAGAGAUCUGUGUGUGUUAACACACAGCAGAUGUGGUUCAGUGAGUGUACAGUAACCAGAUGGCGGCAGUCAGAGACUUCAUUAGAAACAAUGCUGGAUGAGGACAUCAAUUUGGGAGACAAGUGUGUGUGUGUGUGUGUGUGUGUGUGUGUCCAAGAGUGGAAGAAACCAAGUAAAUCCACAUUCAAGUCAUCUCAGCUUAACUUAAUUUACUCAGCAAUUGUUAAGCAAAGAUGCUGACCCAAAGUGCUUCUUAUACAACAGAGAGGAAUUAAUUGAAAUUCAGAAAAAUGGAUGCAGCAUUACACAAAUAAAGGAUUUUUGAAUAUUAUUAAUUGAAAGGUAGAUUUAUAUGAACACUAUUGAUUAAAUUAGAAUUGGAAAAAUGACCCAAUCAGAACAAGAAUGACUCAUAUUAACACUUUUAACAGAACAAAACUGCAGACAUUUGCACAUGCUGGCUUGAAACUGGACCAAACAAGGGUCGUUUUGGAUGUCACUUUUCAUCAAAAAUAAGAGACUGCCCAAAGUUAUCGAUCCACAUAACAGACGCUCAGUCUCCAUCUUCUUUAAUUUAUUAAUUUUUUUAUGAACUUUAAAAAUGAAGCAGAGCUGUUUGCAAAGAGGGGAAAAGCUCUGCCCUGCUUUUGUAACAGAGGAAGCAUCGGUGUAGAUAACAGUGUCGUCAACAUAAAGGUGUAUUUUUGCCCUAAUGUUGCUACCUGGGUAAUUUGUAAAAAUGCAGAACCAAAGAGGUCCCAAAGUAGAACCUUGAGUAAUCUUAAAAAAAUGGCACCCAAAUCAAACUUUGUCGGCAGUCAACAUAAAGGCGUGCUCACACCAAGCAUGAGUAGAAACAUCUACUCCAGGGGUGGGCAAUCAUGUGCCAUGGAGGGCCGGGAGGCUGCAGGUUUUCUUUCCAACCCAAAACUCCACCAGGUGAUUUCACUGAUUAGUCUCUGCUCUCUGCUUGGAGGUAAGGUAAUCAGUGAAAUCACCUGGUGGAGUUUUGGGUUGGAAAGAAAACUUGCAGCCUCUCGGCCCUCCAUGGCACAUGAUUGCCUACCCCUGAUCUACUUGCUUAAUUUGCGUGAAUUUAUACACGUGAAUGAAUGGUAUUUACUUUCUCCAUUUGUGCGUCAACGGUAAUCCCUCCUAAUUUAACUGGUGGGAUCAUGUGAUAGACAAAGGUUUUUUACAAUUUACCAGGUAAUCCGACCCUCUCACUCACUUGCCUCCAGACGAGCUCCUUUUUUAUUCCGAUUGCGGUAAUUGAAAGAAAAGCUAUCAUAUAAUUUGGGGCACCCAUACACCGACUUUAUUUUAGGUACCAGUGAACAACCGUCCGUUUUCAUACAUCACCCGGCUACCUUCGUGCUGAAUGGUUAUCGCAAUGUGAAUAUCCGCUCAAGUUGAGACAUUUUCAGCUCUCGCCCAGUUCGUGUCAUUCGCGCCGCCAGAGUAGUACAAGCGUCUAACUGCGUCUUUGCGUUGACUUAACAUGUAAUUCAGUCACUGGAAUGAUUUUAGUUGCACUUGGUGUGUGGAGACCGUAAUACUGAUUCUGAACAACAGCAUUUCUAACAACAAAAUACCUGUGUUCACACACGCAUAGGACUCCUGCAAAUUUUCUGAAAUAUUUUGGGCUAUACUGCAAAUGCCUGUACUUUUGCCUUGACCUUACCUACAAUUUUUUUCCUUCUGACUUCUGGGUAAAAUUUCCUAAGGAGUCAGGGUGAGCCUGUUCAAGAAUGCAGCUAGGAAAUAUUUGUGUGGAAAUUACAUUACUACAGGAAGGCAUGCAAGUAGGCCAGUCAUGACUUCUGAAAGGGUGACUUGUGAAGGGUCAAAUAAAAGCAUCAAAAUUUGAAGAAAGAACUUUUUCAAGAAGGGAACAGUUGUAUUCUCACUUUCCAUCGAUACAAACUCAGGAACUGUCAUUAUCGUAAAAGUCCAUGUUGUUACAUCUGCUGUAUGUAAUGUUGUAAACAUUUUGCCAUGGCUUUCCCGGCUUCCUUUUGAUGUUAUAUUGCCUCUAUCAUUGCAUCUUGUCUGGCCGAUGCCUGCCCAGACAAACUUCUGGGCAAAGCUUCCAAAAUUUUGUAAAAACUUUGAGUGAAAAAUCCAGGAAUUUUAAGGAGUGCAUAAUGGGAAAUGAGGUAAUGUUAGAUAUCAGUUAAAAUACAUUACCUCAAAAGUUAAAUAAGAUGAAGUCGUGAUUUAAAUGAUCUACAAUAAACUGGAAAAGUAUGACUUUUCUAUCUCUGUUAGACCUAAAAAUACACACAUGAGCCCAGUACAUACACACACACUCUCUCCCUGUGCCUGAGGGUUUGUUAGUGUCUCAGCACAGCGGGCGGUUUCUGCGUCACCUCAGUGCAGCGUCCCACUUCUGCUUGUUUAAAGAUCAGGCUGUAUUGUUGGGAAAAUGAUUUUGGCGGCGAGUGAGGUCCACUCACAUUUCAAAGUCGUUAGUCAGCCACCAGAACAGGUGUAAUUUCAUCUCCUUCUCCUCCUCCUCCUCCUCCUUCUCCUCCCCCAUCAGGCUCCCUCCUCUCUCCCUCACUCUCUCCCUCUGACCUGACAGCCUGCUCGGUAAUAAUAGCGCAAAGUGGGACACAGCGCAUGAACUAUGUUGUUUUUCCCCCCACUUUUUGUGUUGCUCUGUCAGACUCGCCCUGGGUUUGGAUUACACUCGAACCCCAGCGGAGCUCUGUCACUCACACGACAUGUACAAAACACGAACACAACACAAACACGCUGAGAAAGAGCGAGAGAUGAAGAAUGAAAAGAAAGGAACAUCCAUCUUCUCUUCGUGCCAUCCAAAUAUCAAAUAUUGAUGUCCAUAUCCCACAAUUACUUCACCUGCUUUAAAUAGAGCAGUGAUAUCAUUUAUAAUGUGAACUUGAGCUGCAGCUCAGAGGCAUUGAUUAAUUGUUCAGGUUGGAAAUGAGACCUCAGAUCAGGAACACUGAUUUUUAUCAUAUAGAGCUGAAAAGCUGGGAAAGGUAGAAGAUGCACACCCUGAAUGCUGAUCUUUACCUUUUAAAGUAAAAUUAAAUUUACCUAUCUUUUAUACAGCUGAAUAUUGCUGAUAUGAUAUAAUAUUAGAUGUACAGUUUAUAUCAUAAUACAGUGAGCUAUGUUUAAAAAAAUAAAGAUGAAAAAACGCCUGAAUAAAUUCUAGUGCGAUCACGUCAUGAUGUUCAGUUCUUGUUUUGAAGUGUCGACACAACUUGAUAGUCUUUUUUGAAAUCGGGGCCUGUGUCAAUGUGGACACUACACCAUAUUUUACUGUGAUGAAUAACUUGUUCUUUGACUUUUGUUAUGAGAGUCAAGUUCCUCAGACAGAAAAUUCAAUGGUUUUUAUUUUUGUUAACAGUAGAUGAUAAGGGCAACUAAAAAUGCAUGUGAUCUUUGUCCUUGUCUGCCUUUACUGCGGUGGGUGGCCACAUACCCCCCUUCAGCUCAUCAAUACUGGGUCAUCUCCAUUUGACCUAUUACAGACUAAAACGAUUGACAAAGCACAUUUGCAAGUGGCUAAGGGAUGUGUCAAGUUGAGUCUUUUUUAUGUCCUGUCUUUGACUGUUGAGGGUUUUUUUUACUACUUAGCUUUCCAACAAUACAUUCAUGCUAUUCAACGUCUGGCUCAAAGCCCAGUUUAUGAACUCUUGAGCAUAGGUAGAAUGCUUAGGCCUGUGCCAAUCUGACAAAAGAGUAUGCAUGACAGAGAGAAUCCCCAACUACACUGUCAAGGUAUGAAAGCCCGACUUUGAGAAGUUCAAUUUAGCACAGUUUUAGUCAGACUGAUAUGUACAUGUUUUUUGAAAGUGUAGUUUCAGUUGGACUAAAGCAGUUAAUCCAUGUUUUUUCCAACAACACGUAAACAAACUUUCAGAAAAUGCUAGUUAAGCUAGGGUGACCAUAUGUCCUCUUUUACCCAGAAAUGUCCUCUUUUUAGGGGGCUGUCCAGCCUUGUCUGGUGGAGUUUUAUAAAAGCCUUAAAAUGUCUGGGGUUUUGUAUGGAAGUUUUGAGUUUAUGUCGCGUGGACUUACUGAGUUAGAAGCACAUGAAAAACACUCGACCCGACCCAAAAAACUCUCAAAAUUAACUACGCACAACUCCGUGACUCCGCCCAGCGUAGUCUUGUCCUCUUUUUGGGGAUUCAGAAUAUGAAUCUGAAUAUGAAUAUCACCCUAAGUUAAGCAUGUAAAAGGACAAGAUGAACAAAGUUAGCUUUGUCCAAAGGAGACAUGAAAAUUGACACAAACUGAAAAUUUCUCACAGGACCUUAAAAGAUAAAGAGUCAAAAUCCUUGGAGGAAAGUCAGAAAUCCUGAAUUAAAAUGUCUGGAGUCCGGCUUCUUAAAGGUUAGAAAUCUGACAAAAGUCUGAUCUCUGAAUCUAAGCUGAGUCUGAAAAAGUCUGUAUUCUAAAGAAGUUGUAAAUCAGACAACAAGAAGUGAAGAAGUUCAUCCGAAAGAUCUGACCUGAGUGCAUGUCAAUGUGUCAUUUUAGCUCAACAAAUUCUCAAAAUAUAAACCAUUUCCAUCACAAAACCUUUUUUUUUUUUAAUGUAAUUGUCUCUUGAAAACGGAGGAAUCUUAACCCCACAAAUUUAAUGAAAUUAAGUGUCACUAAUUAUGACACAUUGAAUUUUUAAAGUGAGUUCAUUUUAAUGAACUUGUAUCAUUAUCUUUGUGUUCAUUUCCUCUCCUUUGCUAAAUUGAAAGAGGCGUGUCUCGUGCGGCCAACAAAGCAGCACAGACCUCACACACAAAGUUUGGGGAGUUGUCCGUUGACACCUGAUACUCCCACCCUUCCCCUCUACCCUUUAAAGCCCCCCCACCACACUUCCUCCCUCCACCCCGCCUUUUUACCACAUCUACUGCGCGUCAUCUGGGUUACGGUCAAGCGUCCUCUUUGGCCUCUUGCCUGCUGAGGGUCUGCUUGCCGUCUGGGGUCCUCUGGGAGCGCUGGAAGGAUCCUGGGGCAGUGGUUAGCUCUGAAUGCUACUUUUAGCUUGUUUAAGUAUCGUGCUCCACCUGUUGUCACAUACUUGUUUAGCUUUGGAGAAAAGGUGAUAAGUGAUGUUUGUUCCUGGCUCAGAAAUAAAUAGACAAUAAACAAUUGUGGUAUCUUGAUUGAUAUUUUUAGUCCUUACAACAACCAUAAUUUGUAUUAGCAUUAAGCAGAUUUUGGUUAAAAAUAGACUUUUGGUCUAUAUGCCCAAGCUCUCAUACACAUGGCCCACAGAGCCCAGAUUAAAGUCUGGAGUCCACUAGCUGCAUGUGGAGGAGAAGGAGGAGUGCUGGUGUUUUUUGACCCCGGGGGGCUUAAAGGGUUUAAAUGUAUGACCAGCUGAAAAAAAGGGAGAAAGAUGAAGGAGGUAGAAAAAAGGGAUGAAAAAAGAGGAGAAAAAAGGUUCUUUUAGCCCAAGCCUUUUCCUCUGGUGCUCUGGGAGAGGCCCUGAGUAUGGCAGCUGUCCCAGUCUGUGUGUGUGUGAGAGAGAGAGAGUGAGCAAGAGAGAGAGACCAACUUAGAGGAGGAAAGGGGGUCAUGUUGCACCCCUCUUUCACCCCUACAACCCCAUACAGACACAUUCACACAAACUUACAUGCAGCAGCAGUGGUAGCUAAAUGCGAGCGCGGCCCUACCCCAAUUGCCAAGAUUAUUUGGCGUCACAGACGGUCAUUGCAAAAUCUGCCCGGUGACAAGGCGUGUGGACGGAUCACAAGAGUGUGGAGUGUAAUAGCUACCCUCCCUGGCAUCCCUCUUGUAGGCUGGCAUCCUGGUUUGUGGCACCAAGAUGCACUUCAGUUUCAGCCGGGUGUACAGUGAUUCUUGUAAGAUUUAUGUUUGGAUGACAGAUGAGCGAUGCCGGGUGUCUGACUGUCAGACUUCAAGUCACCUCUGCUGAUUUUGGGCUCUGCUCAGGGUACUAUUUGAGAUACUGUAUGCUAUCAAGAUAUAAAAACCAUCAUUUACAGUUUAAUUAAAGUUGGUAAUUACAGCAAAGAUAAAGUGGACAAAUUAUAAAUGGAGGAAAGCACAGAAGAGCCAUUGUGAUGUAGGACAGAGGACAGGUGGCUGAAAAUCCACAUUUAUGGAGUUUAAAAGUGGUUUUUAUCACUAAACAUCAACCUUUGAUUUUAUGUAACCUCUGUCGAAAAAAAAUAAAAAUAUUGGACAUAGAUGAUCAGAACAAGGUUUUUUCAGUGAAUUUCUGCCCACCAGCCUGAUGAAAUAAUGUUUCACCAUUUACCAGAAAGGACAAACUGCUUCAUCAAGGAUUAUGGAAUGAGUUCAUUCCUGUAUAAUAUAAAUAAAGAGCUAGAGGUGAAUAACACAGUCUUAUCUGUAGAGUCAUUUAAAACCUUUAGGACACGGUGUGCUGUGGUUAACCCAGAAGGAAAAAGAUUCUAUCCUGAUGCCAUUGCAAGGACUUCUUUUAAACACCCACUCUGAUGAAAAUCAUGUUUUUCUUGUUGUCUGCAUGUUCAUAUGUCAUUUUUCAGAUGCUACAGGUCAUAUCAUGAGGAAAUUAAGUGCAAAAUUGCAUUUCUGAGUAUUUCUUCAUUCAAAUCUCUGUGAAUCUCUGGCGGACCUAAACGGCAGGCUCAGAUACAGUGAGAUUUCCUAUGUCACAACUGCAAGCUCUGACCCCGGAGCCCACUAUGCAGGCCAGACUCUGGGAAGUAGAGAGGACAACUUGGGACAAGCAUGUGCUUUAGCGGAUUGCAAUGCUUGUAAGAAAGCUAAUUAUGAUAUUAACUUUCAUCAUGUCCCCAAAGACAUUAGUGUCUAAGAGCUGAAUAGCUCCUAUGUUACCUGCCACUUUGGCUGCACUGGCAAUGUUAGACUACAAACUAGCAUGAAGAGGAGUGUGCAGAGCAGCGCUGUCUCCGCCCACGACUCAGAGGUCAAUUGCUAAUGAGCUACUGGAGCUCUGCAGAAGAAAAGGCCUUGAAAAUGACACAGGUAACGUGAUUUUAGCUAAAAAAAAAUAUCAAUUGCGAUCUAAAGACCACUGAUAACACUCUUAAUAGUGAAAAAAAAAAACAACCGAGAGGGACUUAAAGCGGUAUGCAUUUUCUGUGCAGCUGUGUAGCUCUCUCUAGUGCCAUUUAUUUGUGACAUCCUGAAAUAGCCACAAGACAUGCAGGACUUUACCUCAGCCUACGUUCGAAUUGAUAGUUUUGAGGUAAGGAUAGUCUCCCUGCUUACAGCCUAUUUGUUGAUACUAGUGUGGGGAGUCAAACCAGCACGCCAUCCGUAUUUGUACUUUGUAAUCACAAAGUAAACUUUUUUUUAAUAAUCUAUUGUAUAAUUAAUAACGUAAUGAGAGAGAAAAUCUAUUAAAAAGUGUUGCAACUACACCUUGAAUUUCUAAACUGGAUAAAUUCGCGGCAUAAAGGAUCCAGGGUUUAUUUGAAAUUUUGAAAUACAGCUUCCACAGCUCCUUUAUUUUGACAUAAUUUUUAUUUAAGACACUUGUCAAAACAUCUGUCUUUCACCAAACCUCUUCGGUUCUCGCUGCGGUUCAGAUAAUUAAUAACGCACAUACAAGCGAGCUGAGUGAGGGUCUGGCAGGCCAAAGAAAGCGAGUGAGGUGUGAGGUGAGCAGGUCACAGACGGCCUGUGAGCUAAUCACAGUCUGAUGGAGUCAAACCCCCAAACAGACUGGAGAAUCCAUCUAGAAACCCAGAGCGACCAGCGUGGGCUUUCUGCAGGAACGCAGCAGACAGGAAACCACAUGAUAUGUGCGCUUGAGUGUCUGCAGUGUGUGUCCGUGUGAAAGAAUAUAACUGUGUGUGUGUUGUAUGUGUGUAGGUGUUUCUUUCUCUGUUUUACGCAUAUUCUUUCUGUGGUGUGGGACAGUUGAGGUCAUCUGAGUGUCUCAUAUUGUGACCAUGCUUGUUUAAUGGGAGUCAGUGGGGAUACAAGGGCCCAGGCCAAGAUUUCUCAGUUUAGUGAUUGUUCAGAGAUUAUUGCGGGAUGUUUGAUAACCAUUCAGAAAUGGAAAAUCAUCUUAAAGAGAUUGAUUCCCGAAGAGUUAGUCUGCAAAGUCAGUGAAUUUUUAAAGCUCCGAUAACAACAAUGAAUGAACAGAGGUCAACAGUAAACAAGUAAAGCAUGUUAUCUUUUGUUUCUAUGUAUACAGCAGCAUUAUCAUAGGAUGGGUCAUCUCUUCACUCUGAUCUCUGGGCCAAACACUCAUCUGUCACUGGUUACUAAAAGGGAGCACAUUUCCUCAUUUUGCAGGGAAGGAAAUGAAAAUGCAACAGUUGUGCUUUAGUUUCAGAGGAACCUGCCUUCCUUUCCCGCAGUGAGAACUUCCUCUGCAGCUCUGCUGAGAGAUUGUAUUUCUGUCUCUGCAGAGGCAGAACCAGAGAGGUAGCAGAGGGGUCACCCAGGCCAGAUGGGCCGUGACCUGAGUCAUUUACUGUACACUAUAAGGGCGGGCCUGAAGCAUCUUUUUCUUCAUCACCUUUUAUCAAAAUAAUUAAAUAAUCAUAAUAAAAGCAUCUUCCUGCUGCGGUCCCCUUUUUGCUACCCUGACUUGGGAGAUGCUGUGAUAUUGUAUAAUAUUGCAUUAGACUUUUUAUUUAUUUUUUUUUUUUUGAUACCGUGUUAUGUUAUAGGCCGAUCAUAAGAUAAGAUAAGUACUUUAUUCAUCCCCAAAGGGAAAUUCAAUUGUCUGUAGUUUUAUUUCUCAUGUCUUAAAGUCAUCCACUAUUUAUAGAAGAAUACUGCUAAAGUUAUUGGAUAUUUAAAAGUUUUUCAUUUUUAAAGCUAUCAUGAAUAAACCCGUCCAAACUACACUACCACAUACUAUACAGUCCAGAACUGUAUCUUGUAGUAUCUUAUUGUAUCACAUCAUAUCAUAAUCUAUAGUAUCAUAUUGUAACAUACAGUAUUGUACUGGUUAGUAGAUCACCGUACUGAGCUGUAUCAUGUCAUACAGUAUCUAUCAUAUCGUACUAGAUAUCACACUGUAUUGGGCCAUAUCACACUACAUCUUAUCAUAUUGCAUGCUAUCCUAUUGUUUUCUAUUGUGCAGUGUCCUAUCAUAUGGUAUGGUAUUGUGCUAUAUCAUGUGAUAUUGUAUAAUAUUGUACCACAUUGUAUCAUACUCUGCCACACACUAACGGUCCCUAUGUCACCACAGUUUCUUUUAUCAUGCUGAACUGUGACAAUUGUUUGAUGUAGCAUUAUAUCUUGUGAUGUUAUACUGAAUUAUAAUUAAUUAUUAUUAUAAUUAUGUUAUUUAGUUGUAUCAUAUGUUACCUAGGGGUGGGAGAAAAAAUCGAUAUAGCAUAGCAUCGCUCUAUUUUGUCUGGUGAUAUAUCAUAUCAUCUCAUUUACCAAGUAUCAAUUUUUUUUAAAUGAAUUGCCAACUUGAAGUCAAAGCUAUGAUAAUGGAAAAAUAAGAUCAACAGUUUGUUCAGUGAGGUUGGCGGAAGUGACAUCAUAGAGCAGGAGAAAGUUAGUACAACAAAUAAGGUUUGCAAGAUGUGCUACAUAAAAAUGAAAUACUGCGUAAGUAAAUCAAACAUAAAGGAAAGCCAAAUGCUAAAUUAGCUAAACAGUUGAAAAAAUUGACAUAAAUUGCAAUAUAUUGAUAUCACAUCAUGCGGUAAUCUUUACUAUCAUAGUAUACACUGUACCAGAUCGUACAGUAUUGCAUCAUAUCGUUUCUUAUCUUAUUAUAUUGUAUGUCAUCUUAUGCUUUACCCUGUCUGUGAUAUCAACACUGAACUAUUGUCUAUUUAUCAGUCUAUAAGCCGAUUUAAGAAUACUUGACAACUAUCAUUAAGCUACAUAGUAUUAUAAAAUAUUUAACCAGCUCAUCAGGUCUUCAAAUUUGCAUUUACAUCCAAUCAGCUGUUAAUCCUUUUUUGGGAAAGCAGAAAUCAUUUUUAUCAUAUUUAUCUGCAUAAAGACAUUUCUCUAGAAAAUUCUCACAGUUACCUUAAAGACACUAAAAAGUCAUACUUCGCUUUUUAAUAAUCGGUGAUGUGUUUUGUUUUGUUUUGUUUUUGUCAGGAGUAUCAUCAGUUUGUGAAUCAGAUACUAGCAGACAGCAUCUCUGCAGGUGUAAAGUGGAUGGUGAUAGGACUGAUGAAAGAGUCAUGUACCUCAUGUAGUAAAAAGAAUCAUGAGAACUUUUUGAAAACCAAAUGAAAUUGGAAAGUUUUGUGAGAACCUGUAUCAGAUUUAAUUAAAAUGCAUAUUAUAAAAUGCAAAGGGAAGCACAUUUCCUUAACUUCACGUCGUCUACCCUUAUCAGUUCCUCUGUCAAGUGACAGGAAGAUACAGAUAACGCUCCCUGACUGUCUUUCUAAUCUUCAGUCUAUCUGUCCACCUGUCCCACCCUCCCUCUGCUCGCCUCCCGACUCUUCGUCUCUGGCUGUGUCUCUCUGGCCAUAGAGUGAUGAUUCAGGGCCUAUUGUGAAGUGAGCAAUCCGAUACAGAGGCAGCCCGAGAGCAAGGGUGGAGGGGGGUGAGUGCGAUGGAGGCAGUAGAGGAGGAGAAGGAACAGAAAAGGUUUAUGGGUGUUCUCAAAGAGCCAGGUCCUCGCUGUCUGGAGCCCCGAGGCUGUUUGGCACCCUUACCUGUCCUCUGCUUUACCUGUUGCUCUCAUUCUCUUUUUGUCUUGCUUUAUCUUUAUCUUUCUCACACCCCCGAGCCCUUCACUGUCCUUUUUUUAGCCCUCCACACCUUCGCUGUUUUCUCUCACACUCACGUACAUCCUCCUCUCCCCUCACCCCAUGGUCCCUCUUUGCCAACAUAUGGUUUUGUGAGUGAUUUUAUUAGGAAGACGAUAUGAAGUGUUUCACUGUCUGGUUUGAUGGAACAGCUUGAGACAUUCAACUCCUGGUCAGCUGUGACUUCUGCACAUUGAGUCCCAGAGCAGAUGGUGCGUGCGUGUGUGUGUGUGUGUGUGUUUGUGUGUGAAAGAGAGCAUACCUGUCUCUCCGUGCAUGUCUUUUUUUUUUUAAGGAUAUCUACCUUAUGUCGUACCUCUCGUAUGCACACACGCCGUGAUGUCAUGAGCAGCAUUAUUUAACAGGCAGCUGGGAGGCCAUUCAUCAUUUAAUUAAAAGCGUCUGAAAGGGAUCUGAGGCCUAAUGAGAUUAGCUUUAAUUAUUGAUGCUGCUGCUACACACGCACUUACACACACACACACACACACACACACACACACACACACACACACACACACACACACACACACACACACUCUCUGCAGGCCCACAAACACACACUCUUGUUAGGACCUCCACUCAGACUGUCCUCAGACUCCCCGUAAGAACACAAACAGUUCUUCUUUCUUUGUCUGACUCCCAUAAACAGACACAUCUCAUUGUCUUAGCCUCAUGGUGGGAUGUGGAGGUUCUUUGGGGUGGUGGGUUUGGUGAAUCCAUGGGGGGCAAGCCUGCAGCAAGAGGACAGAACAGGGGGUGCAGUAGCUGCGGUCAUGUGGGGGGCAGAGGGGUCGCAGUGGUGGUGUUGGGUUUCUUUAGGGCCCACACAGCAGCAGGGAGGACUGCUUAUUCUUCAAGUCCACUCUUUGAGUCCGUAUUUCAUCAAAAUUCAUUCUACUACAAAACACAGACCAUUGGAUGUGUCGGGAAACCAGUCCCACAUAUAAAUCAGUCAUUCACAUUAAUUUAUUUAGCUUUGUCUGUUAGUUUUUGACCUAAUUUCCCAGAGUCCCUCUUUGUACAAUCAGUCAGUGACCUGUGUGUCUUUAUCUUUACUCAGCUGUGUUAAAAACUUGACUUGUGCAGAGAAGAUUUGACCCAUUUUGCAUCUGCUAGUUGACCCUGUGGCAAAAAUGUUAAUUUCCAUAGGCAUCCUUAAAAUGGAUCACAACUUAAGUUUGUUGUUAAUGGCAGACCAGUCACAAGCAGCAAAGAAGAGAGGAUGAAAACAGUGAAGUAAGAAAGGUUGAAAGGCAAGAAGGUGGUGUGUGCUGGUUUGGUUUGGCAAAUAAGCACUCCAUUAGAAGCUGGAGGAUGAGAAAAAAAAAUAGAUUUUGUUAAUGUAAUGUUUUUUAAGAGUAAAGUUGAGAUGUUGACUAAAAUAGAAAUUCAGAAUUUAAUUUGGAGGAAGGAAAAGAUGGAAGCAUCACACCUCUGCAUAAGCCUGCUUUUUCAGAGGGCUGUAGUGCUAAAUUCAUCAUUAGGAUAUUUUUUUUCCAUGUGUUAGGAAGGAGAGUAAGCGUUAGCUCAAACUUGUCGUUUCAGUUGUAUGGCUGAAAGAAAAUUCUAUGAAGUCCCCUAAGUUAGCAUGAAAAUAGAGGUAAACAUAUGCUAUUUAUUAGGGGUGGGAGAAAAAAUCAGUGCAGCGUAGUAUCAGGAUAUUUUGUCUGGUAAUAGAUCGUAUCGUCUCAUUUACCAAGUAUCGAUUUUUCUAAUUAAUUGCUAAUAUGAAGUCAAACCUAUGAUAAUGGAAAAAUAAAAUUAACUGUUUGUCCAGUGAGGUUGGCGGAAGUGACAUCAUAGAGCAGGAGAAAGUUAGUACAACAAAUGUAUAUAUAAGGUUUGCAAAAUGUGCUACAUGAAAAUAAAAUAAAAUACAGCGUAAAUAAGACAAACGUAAAGGAAAGACAAAUGCUAAAUGAGCUAAACAGUUGAAAAAUAUAUAUAAAUCGCAAUAUAUUGUAUUUUGCAAUACUCACUGUAUUGCAAAAUGUAGAAAAUUGCAAUAAUAUCAUAUUGUGGCCCAAGUAUCGUGCUUAUAUUGUAUUGUGGAGCCACUGGUGAUUUCCACCCCUUCUAUUUACUGAUAUAUUGUACAGUAAUGUGAGUGACAUUCAAAGUCAUAAACAGUACUCAUAAAUUAGAAAUGUAUACAUAAGGUUAAAUAGCUGCAGUGAUACACAGUGUAGGUGUAAAUGAUCACACAGCUUGUUCACACUUCUUCUCCUUCUGCUGGUGAGAUUCACCGCACACAGAUACCAUAUAACGUUGAGGAAGGGCUGCUAGCUCAACCGGAUGCUCAGUUUACAAAAAUAAGGAAAAUGUAAGAUCCAUUGACCUCAAAGAGAAACUAGGUGAUGUAAGCUUUUCUUCAACAUGUUUGUUUAAAAAUGAUCAGUAUUAGUCUAUAUAGCAUCAGCUUUGCCGUCAUUUUGUGCUAGUUCAAAACUUAAAUAAUCCUCCUCUAAAAAUAUUUUGUUCUCAUUCCUGGCCCGCCUGCUCCUUACUUAAGUUCUUUACACAGGUUUGAUUUCAACCUGCAGUGCUUUGAGGCAUGUCAUUCCCCACUCUCAUUUCUAAGUUUCCUACUCUGUCCACUUUCCUGGCAAUGUAUUACAAGCAUCUAAGCCCUAAAGUAAAAUUUACAAGACAAGAUGCUGAAUGAAUUUUAACCAAAUAGAGGCAGAUACAAGGUUUAAAAGUUAUGGGGCAGGAGACCUUGAUCGAUGCUGCAGCCAAUUAAUGUCAGUUGGAAAGGCCAAUGGAAAAGCUAAAUGAAAUAGAAAGGCGACGUUUUAAUGUGAUGUACAACAGAAAACAUAGCUAAUCUUGUGACCCAGCUAUGAGGAACAAAAAACAUACUGUAUGUGAGCAGGAUGAAUUUAUUACGAUAAGGAUUCAGACAUACAUUCUGCUGAGUUAAGGCGUUACAUCUGAUCUGUGCUCUUGAGCGUGCCUCUUAUUGGAUGGAGUGAUGGCUAGUGUGUGGAUGUGGAUACGUGUGUAUGUGUGUGUGUGUGAGUGAGUAUGCCUGGUCAGCCGUGGACUGGUUUAGGUUUCUCCCAGUUGUUUUUUUAAUCACUCUCAUCAGAUUAGCUGAGCAGGGGCAGUCGAGGCCAAACGCUUCACAAUUAACAGCGCAGAACCGGCCACACACACACACACACACACACACACACACACACACACACACACACAUCCAUCAGUGACUUUUCAUUUGAGUCCAUUGAGUAAAGCUGCAUUAAAUCACGUCUGUGAUCCCUCACUCUGUGAGACAAAGAGGAGCCAAUUCAAACAGUAGAAAUGCAGACCACCAGGACGAAGAGGAGGGGGAUAAAGGGGCGCUCUUCUAGUCCACUGCUUUUCCUCUUCAAACUUGAGUUUCUACAAUAAAUUGUUCGAAAAUAAUCAUCUCUGUUCUGGGGCGUCUCUGCUUGUUUUUGUGAUAUUUCUUGGGAUUUUUAAGCUCCUGUGGAGAACUUUUGGUUUGUGUCCGUUUUUGCGCCCCCCUGUGGACAAAGCAGUCUUUGCAUAGAGGUAUAGAGAUGUAACAGUCAACUAGGCUUGGAAUCAACCAAAGAAAUUCCUGGUCGAUUAAAACCCGGAAAUUUUCGACCAAAAAUCGACUAAGUGGGGGGUGGGGAUGACAAUAUACAUAGACACAGAGGAGGUAGAGGAGGACUCACAUGAAAGUUCAAACGCUCAAAAUAGAAACAAAUAUUCAGCAAACCACCAGACAUUGAUUAAUGUUGACGCUCUUCAAUCUUCUUGUCUCCAGCCGGUCUCCAGUGGGUUGGAUGAAUCCAAAAUGUUAAAAACAAGGGGGGUGUUCUGAGAUAGUCUGUUACCUGUGAAACGGGGGUGCCCUGAAAACAUCCCCAUUAGCACUUGGUACAUUCCCCCUGAUGAAAUUAACCAUAGACUGUAAAUUGACACGGAAAAAAUCAAGUCGACCAAUCAGAAUUUUGGUCAACUCAGCAUGUAUCGACCAGUAAGUCGACCAGUUGUCUAGGACUGUACAGCCAUACAGUCAACUCAGCAGUAGAGACUGCCUUGGCAGAGAGUUAUGAAAACAAGAGAAAGGACAAGUCUGAAGUUAUCCACGUGUACCAGGCAAAAUUAUCAGUGAGAGAUGAAUUAUACGUCCGACUAUGAGAAGUUGGAUUUGGUGUGAUUUCAGUCAGACUAGUGUGUUCACAUGUAUCUAAAAAGUCCAGUUAGGGCCAAUUAAUGCGAUAAAUCCAACAUUCUGAUUCUAGAUUGAUUCCCAUUGGUUGCAGAUACAUGUCCCCAUAACAAUCUAUCUGUGUAUAUCUCUGGUGCUUUACUCUUCCUCACAUGCUGUAUUAAUCUGAUUGGUUGUAGGUCUGUACAGUAGCUCUCCGCAGAAGAGUUAGAUAAAUGGAGCAAUUUGAGAUCCUUUACCUAGGUCCAGAUCGGUAUUGAGUCCAAACCUGUUUUUUUCUUUAUUCUACUUUUAUGUGUAUUAGUUUUAUUGAGUUAUGAGGGGGAUGGUUCAAGGUGGAUAAAUUCAGGAAGUAAACAUUGAAACUAUGUUUCAGUAAACAUUUUCCAAACGGAAAAGAAAUGUAUAAAUGUCACUUCUUUCUCAAUCAUUAUUAGUUGUUAUUCCCUCAUUUCUCAGACCACUCUUUUUAAGGCCUUCCCCUUGGUGAUAGUAACAUUGAUGAAGCACUUGUAGAGCAUACAUUGAGUAUUGUUAGGUAAAGAGAGGUACACCCAGCUGGAGAGAGAUGUUUUUUGGGAGAGUACCUUUUCAAACACCACCUCCUCCUCCACCUCUUCUCCACUCCACAAACUCAGCCUGUUUUUCCCUUUCACUCCCUCAUUUCUUUUUUCUUUUAUAACUUCCUACUACACCUGAAAAAGGGGCAUUUUUGGAGACAUAAAGAGAGGGAUAGUUUUACACCUCCCCAGGCUGGGGGAGCGGAGGGGUGUAGGAGGAGUGGUGAAGUGAUGGAGGGAGGGAGGAGGAGGCUUGGCACAAUGUAUUUUACAUGAAAGGAAGGGGAUAGAGUUACCAUGCCGAUAACCACUCAUACAAAUGGGGAGAGCAGGGAGCUUUGAGCAGAGGACAGGUAAAUGUGUGUGCGUGUGUUUGCGUGUGUGUGUGUGUGUGUGUGUUUGCGUGCUCGAGUGUGUGUUUGUGCGUGUAAUAGGGAGAAAGAAAACGUGGAGGAUAGAUAGAGAUGGAGGUAGUGUUUGUGUGGUGAGUAACAUCCUUCAUGAGUGAGCUUUGUGGUCGACACAGCGAGUCACAGACAGGGAUAACUGAAUGAUCAUGUUACAGGUGUGUGUAUGUGUGUGAGUGUGUGUAUAAGAAAGUGUGUCCCUUUUUUUAUUGAAUCACUCUAAAAAUCAUUUAAACUUCACACUCCAAAGGACUCUUUUACUUUUUAGGAGUUUUUUUUUUUAUUAUUUGUUUCUGGUAAAUAAAGUAAAAAGAUGUUUUUCAACAGUUUGGAAAAUUAGCAUGAUUGUUAAAGCUAAGGUACAGGUAAGAAGAUUGACACUGUAUUUUUGUAUGUCAAAUAUAAUAAAGAGCUGGUUGAGGCUAUCUGUCAGUUAGCAUACCUCAGCGCAGAGCAGGAGAAGAUUUAGCUGCUUGUUUUUUUUUUACACUUAGAUUUCUAAGGAAUGAACAAAUAAUAAUCUGCUUAUAUGCGAAGUUGAGAGAAGCUGUGAGGUGAAGUUGUUUAUUUUAAAAAGAGCCAGGCAAGAUUUUUUCCCCCCGUUUUCAGGUUUUGUGUUUUAGACAAAACAAGACAGAGCUUCUCCAAAAAUAUUUCAUCGAGAUCAAAAUAAGACAAAAGAGACAAAGAGGAGCAGAGUCUGUCUGAGCUGUCUCUCUGUGGCUCCUCAAGUGAAGAUAAACUGAUGUUGUUCCACUUGAAGAACAAAGUUUUUCUCGAGGGCCUCUUGAAAGGGAGUGCAGCACCGCCGUCACACACUUUUAAAAACACUCCUUAAGUCAACAAAAACCCAAGCUGGGUUCCUUUCUUUUCCUCCAUGAUAUACUACCAGUUUCCUUUCCUCAGUUCACUGCUCCAUGGUGCCCGUGCCACACACUCUUUUGUUUUUUCUGUCUUCUUCUGACUUGUUUUGUAUUUCAUCAGGCAUGUUUUGGGACGCCUCCCCAGCUCCCCUCUCCACUUGCUGUGAAAAUAUUUCAUGGAGGAUGUUUUAGGACGACCCCCUCCUGAUGGGGGUCCUGCUUGGCUAAUAAUAAAGUGCUUGAGUUGUCAAGCACUUCGGCAACACCCUAAUCUGUUCUGACAGCUCGUCCUGCACAUACACUCUCAAAAGACCCACACACAUGCACACGAGCACGUCGGCAUGCACAUGCAGCACACUUUGAACGGACAUUUGCCCUGAUGUGUACACACACAGGUCCACAGACAGUCUAUCAAUCAAGGUGUUUAUUGGGGCUGGGGGAUAAAUGCUGUGGGACAGAGCUGCAUGCUGUCACUGUGGUGAGUGAGCUAAAGGUGGCCGGUGCACAGUUGGAGGCGGUGGCCCUGUUCCAAAUUGGUGUCUGGCUUUGCACUGUAUUCAUUCAGCACCUCCUCAGCUGUUUCUGUUGCGUUUAGCUUUGCAGUUACAUUCAGACUGCUCCGUGUGUUGCGAAACAUUCAGCUCACCCUUACUGAAAACCUAUCUUACUUACAUGAUCAUUUAAACACGAGUUGUAAUAUGUUGUUGACAUAAUAUGAGCCUUUUAGUUCCAAUUAAACUGACACCAUGUACAGCAGCCCAGAUGGGACAAAUAAAGAUCAUCACAGGUUCCCUGCAUGCUUGGAGGAGAAGGGUACGGGAAACAGCUUGACAACUUGUAUGAUCUCACACACUUCUAUUCAUUUAUAAUUUUUGCCUCACACGUGAUACAAGUAAGUGACUGGAAUAGUAUUUCAGGAUACGAUACGAUACUACACAAUAAGAAACAAUACUGUGUAAAAGGUAUGAAACAAAAAGAUACUACGAAAUUAUACGAUACAACAUGACACAAAACCAUACGAUAUGAUGCAAUGUGAUACAGUAUGAUUGAUACAAAAAAGGGAAAUGAUAUAAAACAAAAACAUAUGCAAUGAUUUGACACAAUACAAUACGGCACAGUACAAAAUGUCUCAAUACGAUACAACAGGGAAAAAAAACUAAGCAGUAAGAUUAAUGAGAUAAGGUAAAAUACAAUAUGAUACAUCACCUACAAUUAUGUCAUUUCUAUAGUUAUAAACUGAGUGUAUCUGUUUAACCUAAGGAUGAAAAAAUCCAUUAAAAGUUUAAAAGCAGGUCUAAUUUUACUAGCCCAUCUGUAAGGGUUCACAUCAGAGUAACACAACGUGUGUUGCACUGAAGUCACACUUUACUGCCAUAACAACAUUUCUUCCCACCUCUACCUUCAAAGUUUAUGAAACUGCUAUGUUUAAAGCACAAAGGACUCCUAUUUGAAUUCCUAGUUGUUGUGUAAAAGGAAGUUUUAGCAAGACUGACUCAAAAAAAAUUUCUGUUUUACUUUUAUUUUUCCCUUUUAUCUUCAGAAGUUUAUAAAAGUGUUUUGAACAAGCAGAAUCAGGUGCUGGCGCUGGUUUGAGCUCUGUGAUCAUCAUUUUCCUGUCAGUGUCUGACUCACUAUGCGUCUGUGUGCAUUUUUCCUCUGAAACACCUUGAUGGCCAAAGUGAAAGAGUGCCAUCUUCAGACGGAGGCAGAUUUGAGUCCCUGAGCUAAUAAAACACUCCCUCCACCUUUCCCUCAAAACUUCACACACGUGCAGCCGGUGUGGUUCCAAUUAUCACAGAGUGUGUGUAUGCGUUCAGGUGUGUAUAUGAGUUUCUGUGUGGUAGUGGGUGAGAUGGGGGAGGGUGUGUGAGAGAGGAAGGUCAAUUUCAUGGUGUGAAGUUUAUGGUCUGGUCUAUACUUUCUUCUGCACAGCGGGGCAUUGACUUUACAUCCACACCCUGUCUACAUUUACCUUUUAAGUUACGAGGAAAUAAUGACAGCAGAAUUGCACACAUGAGUGUUUUUAAUUUUCAGCGCUUGACUGAUUUGAGUUCUGUUUUGCAUUUAAAGUAUCACGUCUUGUUUUUUUUCAACUGACAAAAAAUAUUAUGAAGUCUGGUGUGGACCUUCACAAAAAGGGUAAACUUAAUCAAAUAUUAGAUUUUAGACGGAGCCCGGGUGCGUCUGUAGUGUCUAACAGCUGAGAGGGGGCGAGAGAGAAAGAUAGAGAGGAAGGAGGGGAGAGAGAAAGAGGGGGAGGAGGCAGAGGAGGAGGGAGACAGGACGGGUGAAAUGUUCCUCAUUACCAGAGUGGAAGAAGACAGGAGCUGUGCAUGGACUGACUUUGAGAAAGAAAGACAGAAAGAGAUGGAGAAAGUGGUGUUUACCUUCAGUUUGAGUCAUUUCUGCUGAGGAUUCAUGUCUAAGAAGAGACAUGCAAAGAGAAAGAUAGAGAAAGCAAACACUUGAAAAAGGAGAAUAACGUGACACCUGGAGUACAGAGCAAAGCAGAAGCAGGUAGAUAGAGCCGAACUGUUCGCUACGAAGGAGUGUGUGUCCGUGUUUCUGUUUGCAUAAGAUCUGUAAGUGUGUGUGUCGGAGGGAGAGAAGUGGAUUGUACAUCUGUGUAACUUUGAGAAGCUGCUGAUCGACUAACAGAUUACAGCCUCAGGUAAGACUAUAUCUCUCAAAUUAUGUGACAUACACUAUAAAGUUGAUCCUAGUUUUUAAUCAUUUGUAAGCUCAUUAAUCUUUGUGUUUUUACCAUCAUUUCUGCUGUCAGUGUUGUGAACCAAAUACUUAAAUUUAAAAGUCACACCUCUGCACAAAUAUGCUCUUAAAGCUGAAGCUUAUAAAGGAAAUCUGACGACUGCCACUCCAGAUAUUUUAACAUAAAUUGGCUGAAUGGGUGCAACAUUUAGAGUGUCCACACUGAAAUAAGGUUAGUAGGUUAUGCUGACAACACUGUAGUUAUUUCAGUGUGAGUUAAUUUUUUUAUGAUUAAAUGUACUCAUGAAUAAUUUUUAAAUGUGUUUUUAAUAAUUGAAACACUAUCUUAGGUUUUUCUCUAAAUAUAUAAAUAUUUUUAAAUAUCCUUCAGUACUCUGCGUAAUAAUUGUUCCUUUUUGCUUCAAGUGUAAUUUGCUGCAGAAUUAAAGCUCCUCUCUUGUAUUUAUUUUGAAAAUCUCUUAAUUUUAUUUCAGGCUACAACAGUAUGUUUGUGUUUUUAAGGGGAUUUUCACAUAAGACAUAUUUUUUAAUGUGGGAAAUAAGACUUUUCUAUAUACUGGAACAUAAAACUGGAUUUCUUUAUUUUCUUUGUAAACCAUUUUUGCAAAUGUGUGCGUAUGUGUGCUCGAGCACAACUCUAUGGUAUCAGAUAUCUCAGUGCAGAUGGGUUGGGUUAUUACCAGAAACACACAGCGCUAUUCUUCUUCCUCUCUUUAGCACCCUUUUCUUUUACAGCGUCAGGUCGUCACAGUUUGAUAGAAAUGAAAAUGCUUACUCCACAUUUCAUGACAAAUUUUAGAAACUUAAAUGAAAGCAAAAUUAACCAGGAAAGAAACUGAAGAAUGAAAAACAAAAAGCUAGGAGAACUUCACGUUAUUUCUAACUCACAUUCACUGUUUUAUUAUGUUUGCCAGAGGCCUCGGUUCAGGCUUCACAUUAUCAUUACAUCCAUUAGAUGAUGAUUAGUAUUAAUAAGUAACCACACAGACCUAGCAGUGCGUAUUUCCCUUAAAUAAAUCAUUGUUAUUAGCGCUAAUUAACUAGCGUACCUGUAUUUAUCCCUCAGGGAGCUCUCAGCCCGGCAGGUUGUGUUCCAGACUGGUCACCUAGCCAACCAGGUCAGAGGUCGUCUAUUUAAAAGGCUCAGGUGACACAAAUGAGUCCUUCAGGCACUGUGACCACCUAAGAUUCACUUAGGAGGCCCUUUGUCUCUCUGUGACAAUUAAAAGUUGGACCUUGAAUGUAGGAAUAGAGGGAAAAAAAGGAAAAAUAUUAAAGUUACACUCCGUCGCUUAAAUUUUUGCAACUUUUUAAAACUGAGUGAAUUUAAAGGCUUUCUCUAAGAUUAUUAAUAUUUAAAAUGUGUUGGGGAUAAGUGUCUUUAAAUGUUGUAAAAAAGUUUUUUUAAAUGAAAUGUGGAACAAAAAAAUAAAAGUAUGGACAGAGAGGGGCUUGAGGGGCUCUGAGAAGUCGACACGGAGAGAAAGUGUGUGACGGAUUAAAGCCCGAUGAUAAAAGCUUUUCAGGAUCAAAGUCAGCGUGUGCUUGUGUUUUCACAGAUCAUGUUGAGACAGAAACAGACAGGAUAGUGUGUUCCCCCAUGUGUGCAUGUGUGUGUGUGCGCGCAUACAGCCGGUGUGUACUCGGCACUGCAUGUGGAUUGCAGUUUCUCACGGCCAUGCUGCUGAUGUCGUGACUGACAGCCUUGUUAAAUUUCAGUAAAGCAUGAAACGUGACAUGAAAGUGGCUUGUGUGUGUACGUGGAGAGAGAGUGUGUCGGGGAGGUAGUGUGUGUGUGCAGAAAGUGAGUGUAUGUGUGCGUAAAGUGAUCCAUACGAGGGCACCAGCUAACCUUUGAACUCUGUCUUAAACGGCUAAGUGCUGCUUCUUAUUCACUCUCUGCAGGAUCCUCUAAUCAAAACCAUAACACACACACACACACACACACAUACACAUACACACUCGCACACGCACACAAACCGCCACAUACCUGCAGUUUAGUGUCUGCUGGUCCAGCACUUUCUCCGUAUACUUACCUGUGAUUGCGAUAAUGUGCAAAUGACAUGAAUAUUUGCAGCCGUGUUGAAUCUUGUAAGUGUGCAUAUGUGUGCGUUUGUGUGUGUUUGGCACCUCACGCGUGCCCUACACCUCGACAGUGUGUUGACACAGUGAUUACAGGGCAGCUGGUACACAUUGGCCCUCGGUCCGCCCUGCAUUUACUGUUCUAAUUAGUUCCUGUUCCAAAUAAGAGCGAGGAAUUUUAAUAGAGAACCGCUGCUCUGCUGUCCAGCUCCACAUACCCUCACACACCACAGACACACAUGUAAAAAUCUGCCCUAGUGUGUGUGUGUGUGUGUGUGUGUGUCUGUGUGUGUGUGUGUGUGUGUGGUAAGCACACUGAGGCUGAUUUUUUCUUCUUUCCCUGCCGUGAUGAAGGAAAAAGUUCAAGCCUGCAGUGAUUGACACGACCAAAUGUCUCUCAAAAAGUCGGGGCUGGAUUUAGUGUGCACGGCCAACGUGACCCGUUAAAGGGUGAGGAGUGAGUGCUGUGACCUAACAUGACCUCACAGUGAUCUCUGAACUCUUGAAGGGGUUGAGGAAGGGGAUGGAGCGGGGUCACAGGUGAACAAGGGAAAGUUUAUACCUUUCCUGUCACUUAAGAGCCAGUUAGCACUCCUGUCACGAUGGUCCCUGCAAGCAAAGACACUGGCUUCAGAUUUAUUCGCUGUGAUUUCAGAAUUCAGUCACUCUUGGGUUAGGAAUUUGAAAACUUCAUGCAGAUCAUCUCGUUGCAAGUUUGUGUUUACUUUGGGGUUAUUUUUAAUCAGAUUUGAGCUUGGCAGCACUUUCUUUUCCGUUUGUUCCAUGUGUAAAAAAGAAGGAAUUCAUUUAGUUGUCAGUGCAAACAUUCAAGACAGUAAUAGAAUUUGUCUCAUCCAUAAACACUUGUUUAUGAGGCGGCUUUAUGACCCAACAAACACUGGUUUUAAUUAUCUCUGUGUGUAGUUGAGUGUGUUUUUAUAUGGAGUAAUGUGUGUGUGUAUUUAGUAAAGGUUUUCUCUGCUGUGUUUCCUCUGCAGGUGAAGAAAUCACACAGUGAAUCUCAUGUUCCAGACCCUUCAGACGCCAGGUAUGCUAACGUGUGUGUGUGUGUGUGUGUGUGUGUGUGUGUGUGUGUGUGUGUGUGUGUGUGUGUGUGUGUGUGUGUGUGUGUGUGUGUGUGUGUGUAUCAGACAGACAGUAUUUUUUUUUAGAAGUGUGUGUGUAUGUGUGUGUUGCUAUUGUACAGUUAUGUGGGUCCAGUUUGCCAGUCAUGGUGCAGAGAGGUGAGGUUUCACUGCAGAUGCAGAUGAGGUCAUCAACACUUCCCCAAGACCUCGGUGUCUCUCUCACACACUCACACAAACACGAGCACUCCGAUACACGCCAUGAAAAGAUAUAUUGAUACAGUUGUGGGGCGAGGGGUCAAACUACUUUAUUUUAAGCUGAUGUGAGCUUCAAUUAAUCCUUUGAGGUUUUAGUGAUGAAAAAAGUUUUAAAAAAUAAUACAGAGCAAGUUUAAUUAAUUUACGAGAGAUUUGUCCAACAGCCAUAAAUUUGAUGAUUUUUAUACUGCAGGGGGUAGGUGUCAGUGGAACCACUGAAGAGGUAGCUUCUUUUUUAUAUUUGACUCAUCAAAUAUUCACAACAAACAAUGCAUUUUAUUGUCAAAAGUCAUGAUGAGGUUUCUUGUCAGGGGACGCUCCUCAUGCAGAAAGAGGAGCUUCACAGGAGCUUUUGGACUUCUGUUGGAAGUCACUCAAAUAUAUUAUCUUACUGCCUUUGACAUUUAAAGCCCCUGUAAGGGACUUUUGGCUUAUGUCAGUGUUAGAUUUUGGUGCCCCCAUAGGGUUUUUUUUUUUUUCCUUUUUUCCUUUUUUUUAUUCCUUUUUUAAGAUUUCCGCUCAUAUUGAAGUGCAAAAAAAAAAAAAAGUUAAAAGACAAAUAUUUGCCUGUCUUUAUUUUUGGGACGUCAGAGCUUUGCAAAAGCCCCUCUUUUCCUUACUUAAUAAAUGAAAAUAAGUCUUACUCUUUUUUAUCAGGAUUAUGACAGAUUCUUAGGGCCACAUGAAAUAAAUACACACUUAAGUGAUUUUUUCAGUUAUGGGGCACUUACACAAAGGGCAGGUAAAAUCACCUACUCGCUUAAACGCACGCACCUAGAUAGAUACGGGAAUGAAUAGUAUUUACUUGCUUCAGUUGCGCAUCAACAGCAAUUUCAACAGUAAUUUCAACAGUAAUUUUAAUGGUAACCCCUGCCAAUUAAACCAGCGGGAUCAAGUGAUAGACAAAGGUUUUUUAUGACCUACCAGGUAAUCCGACCUCCUUACUCACUUGCCUCCAGGUGAGCUCCUUUUUAUUCUGUUUUUGGUAGUUGAAAGAAAUGGCAUCAUAUAAUUCAGGGCACCCACACACCGACACAAUUAGUUGGUCCACCAUUUUAGAUACUAGUGAACAACCGUGCAUUUUUAUACGUAAUCCGGCAACCCUUGUGCUGAUUGGUUAUUGUGACGCGAAUAUCAGCUCAAAUUGAGACAUUUUCAUCUCCCGCCCACUUCGCAUCAUUGGCACUGCCAGAGUACCACAAACGUCUAAUCGCGUCUUUACGUUGACUUAACAUGUAAUUCCAUUGCGCAAAUAAUUUUACUCGUGCCUGAUGUGUGGAGACAAUAAGUCAUUUUCUUAUGAGAAUAAACUCCUACUAAAGUCAUUAUAUCAUGAGAAUAAAGUUACUAUGCUUUGUUAUAAGAUUAAAGUCAUUAUGUUUUGAAAAUAAAGCCAUUAAAGCUCCAAUGAGGAGUUUUAUGAAAUAGGCUGCAAUUCAUACUGGCACAUUUUCAUGAUAUCCAGAGGUAAAUAAGAUGAUUAGAUCUUUUGAGUUAAAGGACACUACUUAACAAAGCUUGUGAAGUUACAAAAGCUGGUCCAAGCUGUGAUUGCUUGCUGCAGUCUGUUAUUAAUAUCCUCUAAUCAUUUGUUGCAUUUGCACAGCAGGUCCAGGCAGAUAAUUACAACUUCCCUUCAUGUCCAACAAAAAAAUAGAAACAGUAUAUUUUCUCUUUGAUAAUGGUAUUUGAUUUUGAAAAACCCCGAUAGCCAACAGUAUCAAAUUUAGUCUGUUUCAAAAACAGCUAAAAAACGCUCACUGGAGCUUUAAUAUAUCAGACAGCUUGAAAAACUUUAUAUAAAUGGUUGUCGAGUAUGAACAUACGGUGACGUGCUUAUAUUUUAUUUCACACACACCACAUCAUACAUUGUACACUGCAGUACAAUGCAGCAUAUUUUUUUCAAUGGCCAGACUUAAUGUGAAAACCAGAAAGGAGUUUAUGAAACACCAACUCCUGCCAUCGCCUCCCGAGAGGAGUGAAACAGAGAGGAAAGAGGAAAAAAAAGGAUAAGGAGGCGAGACAGAAUCAUUUCCUGCUGUUGAGAGACAAAAGAAAAGGAUGGUGGAAGAGUGUUGAAGCACACGAGAGAGGGAGAGAAAUAAGAAAAGCAAAAUAAUCUGUGAAAGUCUUCAGCUGAUAUUCAGGAGAAAGCAGACUGAGAUAAGGCUUCCUGGCUCAAUAUCUCAUCUUGCAUGAAGUGUUGAUGAUAAAACAGUGAUCUGUGUUUCCAGUUCAGAGUGUGAAGCUGCACAGGAUGAGUGUUUGGCUGUAAAUAAAAAUGAAGCAGAAGGAUAGGGUUGUUUAAUCGUGUUUAUCUGUCCAACACUCUCGUUUUUGCACCCUGAAGCAGCGUCUGCUGAAACCCAUAUGUUUAUACCUGUCAGUCAUGACUGUGGGUUGCAGUCAUGUGUAGCGAUGCUAUCAGUCCAUAGCACUGAGAUGGACUUCUUCCAGGCCGUGACACAGAUGUAUUGCACACUUUCUUACAGCACACACACACUCACAUGUCCUCACACAGAGCGGUAGCCCCCAUCUGUUUAAUUCUCCCUCCAUCUCUGUCACUCUCCGCUUUGAUGUCUCACACAAAAGCUCAAGUGUGACCAACCUACGGGUAGCCUGAGUCAGGACACACACACAUGCCCACAUGUACACUCCUUCAGAUGAGGUACAGUCCACACACACACUGUCUCAUUGUUAAGCUAUGCCUUCAACCAAACGAUAGCUCAAAAUGUGGGUUUAGUGGCAACCGCGAUGAGGAGUCAUGAAUUAGUCUUUCAUGCAUUUUUUUUCAGAGGGUGCGUAUCUGAAAAUUAUAGUCUGUGACCAAGACGUGGUUGUAGCCACUAUGAUGUCAGUGUAUUGCACUAACAUCAUACUCAGGUUGAGAAGCUGAAAUGGGUCAGUAAUGUUAUAGGUAUUUACAAAGUUGGUAAAAAUGUUAUUUAAAGCUUGUGUAGGGAAUUUUUUGUUGACAUUGUUGACGGAGACUGUAAUUCAUAUUGAUGCCCCUUCACAAGUUUUGGAAAGCAAAAAAAAGUGGCCUGAGCAUUGAACAGCAUAAAUGCACUGUAGGGAGCUGGGUCAGCCUACUCGAUAAAAGCUUGGCAAACAAAGGGACAUUAGAAACACAAAGCUAUCUGAUCAGGUACACGAGUGACAGAGCUCUGAAGUUGUCUUUGUUUUCAUCAUCCAAUCUAUUGGCUUCUUGCUAACGUGUUUGUUGAUCGUUUUGGUAUGUGAUGUAACUGAUCAACUGUGAGAUGGAUAUGCUUUUAUUUGAUGCUUUAGCCUAGAACAAGACAGUUGACCCGUUAUAUCCCCUAAUGGAGCGAUUACUGCAGGUCAACUAAAUUAUACAUCAAGAGUAUUGAUUGAGUUUUGAUUUUGGCAAUAAAUCUCAGUCAGCUGACUUUUCUUCUGACUCAAAUGUAUUAUUUAUUGUGAAUUUCUGAUUCAGAAAUGAUAGAGCAAGGCCAUCCUUGAGCUGCAAGGCUUGGACCUAUCCCCUCGCACUAAAUUCAGACAACAGAAGUAGGGUAAUAUAAAAAAUGUCAGUCUUGUUGCUGCUGCUAUUCUUGUUCACUUUUGUCAUUAAAAGGCAUCAACAUGAAUUCCAGUCUGAUUUGUCAACAUCAAAAAAACUCCUCACUGGAGCUUUAACUGUAUAUCUCUUAAAUGGUUGAAAAUGGUAGGAACUUGUAAAGUGCAGGUCGCCAAACCCGAAACCAUACUCUACUUAUUGUCCACCAUCAACUGGGCCUUAAAUUACCAAACUGGCAUCAUGCUGUAUUUAAUAAAGCUUGGAAAGUUUAAGAUCAACUCAUAAGGGACCAUCAACCAAAGAAUCAAACUGAGUGAGAAACAUGGUUAUUUCCUGGUUUGUACUUUCCGAGCGCAGUGCCCUCUGCUGGACAUUGAAAGUAUGCAGGUUUAACGCACUCGCCUCCACAUCUUUAGAAGCAGGCUAUUGUGAAAUAAAGUUACAUUUCCUGUAACUCUCUUCAGGGGUUUACUGACCUUAGGGCUGGCAAAUGUUGCCAUGGCAACCGGGAUCCAAAUAAACAGAAACAAACACUGUUGCUACGAUGAAGUGUGGGUAGACACAAACUCUUGAUGUAAAUAUGCAUCUUUAUUUUCCUGGGACGAGUUUAUUUACUUCCACUUCUCUUCCUCCUCACACUUAAACAAACACACAAACACAUGCAUAAAACCAUACCACAAACUCUCACCACCGUGUGUGCUGCUUCAUCCCAGUCAUGCAUGUGGAACACAUUGUAAAACGAAAGCAUGCUGGCAGGCUGUGGGUCUGUGUUCAAGCCCUGAAGUGCACUCACACACACACACAAAAUAUACACACACAUACUCACUCAUAGAGCCAUCAAGCCCGCAGACAAUGUCUUACACCUCUGGAUGUAUGCUGUGUAGGCUAACUGGAACGAACAAGCAUGAAGUUUAUGACUGUGUGUGUGUGUCCGGUGAUAUCUCAGUGUAAUAUAUAGAGGUGGGAGAUUCCCAGCUGUGAGGGCAUAUUAUUGUUGAUCUGCUGUUCAUUCAGCAGAAUUCAAAAAUCGCAGUUCAUUUCAUUUUCCUCUCCUCAACUCCCCCCCUGCAGGUCUAUGGAAAUGCAGGACCUAGCCAGUCCUCAUAACCGUGUGGGAGGUGGAGAUUCGACAGGCUCCAAGCUGGACAAGAACAACCUCGGCAGCCCCUCCAUCACCACUAAUGGAACAGGAGGUGAGCAGGCAGAGCGUGUUGAACUGAUGAAUAAGUGAGAUAUUGUAACAAGAACAAUAUCGAAUUUGCCCUCAGGGACAAAUGAAGGUUUUUUAAUCCUAGAAAAGAGAGGAAAUUUUAGUUUUAUCACAGUCUAUCUCACCUUCAGUUCAGGAUCCUCAGUCAAAAAAUUCUCAGUUUAAGUCACACCAUGGUAUCAACUGUUUUGCAGGGUCUUCUAGAGAAAAAGUUUAGGGUCUACAUAUCAGUAAUUUAAAAAGGUGUUUGCAAGUUUCUUUAAACACUUACAUUUUAUCAAUUUUAAACAAAUUUAAAACAAUAAAAUACUUAAAUAUUUCGGCUUUCUAUGGUGCUGUCACACCUUUUUCACACUAACAUCUAGCUGUCACUGUGCGUGGUAAUGUCCAGUGAGUUAAUUCAAGUCCACAGUGUGCAGUUUUUAUGCAGCUGUGUAGCCCCUUCCAGAGCCAUACUUCAGGUUAAUUAAGUCAGGGCAGUGUCACAAUAAAAACAACUUUUUAACAUGGAACCCAAACUUAUCAUGAUAGCUUUUCUUAGUUGACUCCUUUGGUUCAAUUAGAAAAUAAACAAAGUUGCUCUACAUGCAGUUUUUAGUUUCAGUUACUUUUGACGUCCAGACUUUGCCCAGCAGAGGUGUUGUAAAUCACUCUUGAGUGUAAUGUCAUGUCGUGGAAUCAACUGCUGACUCAUCAGUAACCAUGUUUGUGAUAAAGUAAAGUACUUUUAGGGGGAGUCUAUACUCACAGAAGGAGAGAUUCAUAUGCAAACACACAAAUACACACCCAGGUUGGCAUGAGGACUUGGGUAAACCGCUGGAGAAUGUGUGUAAACACACGGUGAAGCACUUCUACUCUCCUCUGCGAACCACUUGGCAAAGUGUGUGUGUGUGUGUGUGUGUGUGUGUGUGUGUGUGUGUGUGUGUGUGUGUGUGUGUGUGUGUGUGUGUGUGUGUGUGUGUGAGCCCAAAAUCCCACUGGAAACUAUUUCCUCUACAAGAACAUUAAAGCAUCACUGCUCUCUAAACUGUCAGCACCAGCAAGCCCUCUCCUCUCUGUCGUCUUUUUAUGCCUUUCCUUUUCCUCCCCAUCCUCUCAUCUUUGUCUGUUUCACCCUUCAUCUCCACCCUUUUAUUCUCUGUCAGCUGCAUUACUUUUUUGACACGGCAGUCUGAUUUAAUAAAACUGAAUGUAUGCGCCUUUGUCGCAGUCGACCCUUUGAUCUACCAUUGAUUUAAUAGGCACUGGGAAAUGCUUUUUGAUAGAAAUGUCAUGGAAAAAGUGAGAUCCUCCAUUGUAGUCAGCUUGGUGUGUCACCACGAGUGGAGGCUCAGGAACAGCCGGGCUCAGACUGGACUUAGCAGAGACUCAGACCAUAUUAGAGCACAUUAAAUCAUUUUUGAUGAGCUCACUCUUAAUGGUUAAAGCAGGCAGAGCUGGGACUACACACUCACAGCCAAAACAAACUACAUACCCAACAUUCCCCUCACCUGACAUCAGCUGGAGCUCAGGCCCACGGGCCAUCUCCAUAGCAACUCAUUUGUCUUCAUUAAGGCUUGUCACAUGGGUUGUAUUGCUGCCUGAGGGGACUAAUGAAGUUAUCCUGACUUAAACGGAGCUUUCAGAUGGUCACUGAUGAGGAGUUUUAAUUGCAGUCUAUUCAGGGAAAGACAAAGAAACAGGAUAACUUUAUUUUGGAUCUUUACAAGUCGGCUUCACUUUACUUUUCUGCCUAAAAAAACAGCUUUUAAAGUUUUGAAUAUCAUAUUGAAGCUAGGAGGUGAUUUGUUGUUUUUUAGGGAUUGGAAGCUUUCUUCUUGAAAAAAUAUUGUUACCAUGUAGGGCUGGGCGAUAAAACAAUAACAAUAUAUAUCGAAAAUUAUUUUCCCUCCAUAUCAAUGUAAAACAUGGUCAAUAUCCUUUUCGAUAGUUGGCAUUCUGCCUUGUUUUGGUAGACUAUACAAAUAGCCAAUGAAAAAGGGAGUUGCUCUGUGUCCACUUCACACUGAACCAAUCAUGUGCUGAAUUAGAACCAAGAAGCAAACAACUGUGUAGUAGCAGGCUGCAGCUACACAACUAUAGCACUACGUGAAGCCAACAGUACUGUUGGUGUGAAAAAAAGAAAAUGAGUGCUACCCCCGGCAGAAAUGCAGAUGAAUUCUCAACAGAUGACGACAACACUGGCAUGAAAACAUAGGUGAUGUGGAGGUAUUUUGGUUUUUUUAAGGCUAAUGAAGCAGAGUAAUGUGCACUGCAAAUUAUGUUCAGUACAUGUUCUUCCAAUAUCUGGGAGUACCUCAAAGCUUUUUCACCAUUGCGAGGCAGAGCACGCACAAUGGAAAAAGUUACAAACCCUGAGCCCAUGGCGCCUGUGCAGCCGAAACAGCCGACCAUUCAGUCCACUUUCUCUAGCGCAACGCCUUAUGACAAAACGUCAAAAAGACACAAAGACCCCACAGAUGCAGUAGCUUAUUGUAUUGCAAAAGACAUGCUAUCUAAAGAACUGUUAAAUUUCAUUUAAGAGUAACAGGGAACAUUUAAGAUUGACAAGUGAUUUUUUAUAUCGUGAUAUAUAUCACGAUAUAAAAAAUAUAUCAUGAUAAACUUUUUCCCAUAAUGCCCAGCCCUAAUACCAUGUACUAAAAGCCUUAGAUUAGCGUUUUUGUUCUCAGUGCAUCGUAUCCUCACCAUCUCCCCACCUUGCACCCCUUUAGGUGAAAACAUGACAGUUCUAAACACGGCUGAUUGGCUGCUGGGCUGCAGCAGCCCGCCCCCUGCCCCAGGCUCCAAGGACUAUGGUACAGAGGUGCAUGUGUGUGAACCCAAGGGCAGAACUCAUACAGUGUUGUCCCAAAAACACAAUGACUUGGUUUUUCUAUUGUUUUGUCUUUUCCUAGCCUGGUGUUGCAGUGACUUUGGUUUGAUAUGCAGUUUUCCCUGCUGUGGAUGUAUGUCAGUAUUUGUUGAGUCGUUUGAAAGGUUCCCACCAAACAUCUUCCCCAAUGAAAUUUGUGGAAUUCAAUAAACUUUCUGGGUGCUAACUCAAAGAUAGCUUUGAAGCACCAAGUGGGAGUAAAACCUCCUGGUCAUGGUUAAAUUUGAUAUCAAUAAAAGUGUGAAGUUUGCAUGAUAGUGAGAUUUUUCAGGUUUUUUUUUUUUGUGUGUGUGUUUGUGUGGGUGUGGGGCACUUGCUUCCUUGUCUCCUCUAAUACUUACCUUCCUCCAUCUCCUUUAAGUGAAAACAGAGCCUAUGAACAACAGCGAUACAGUCACCACGACAGGCGACACAGUAUUGGACACAUACGCAGGCUCAGGUAACACUCAUAUCUGCCCACAGAAACACACUCAUGUACAUCUGGUAAAAGGGAGAAACACAAAUUCACAUGACUCAGUGUUACGCGCAAACAACAUCAUCCAUUUCAGCUCAGCAGUAGGCCCGCUGAAAGCUUUAAUCCCAUGAAGCAUUGCCUGUCCUUGGGUGGCGUCAUCAAAGGCUGGCAGAGGGAUGAGAGCGAGGGAGAGACAUUUUUACAUGAGUCUUUUUUUUUUAGACUCACACUGACUACACUUGUGCUGCUUUCAAACACACACACAGAACCAUUAAGCAAUCACACACAGUGAGGGUUUGGAAGCAGCGGGUGGUUUGUCAGUGUUGAGCUCUGACAUCUCAAUGACCACAAACAGACAUUGUGUUUUACUAAGAGGCCCGCUGUAAGGGCUCUGUACGCUCUCUGAAGAGGGAGGACUUGGCUCAGCUCCAUUCAAAAUGCUUCAAAUGAUAUUUACCAGAGGAGAACUUUUACUCAAACUUACACAGGCCUUGAUUUGAGCUGCUAAGUUUAGUUACUUGUGAAAGAAACAGAAGAUUUGAGUUGACGCUUUUGACUGUAAAUAGAUAAAAUGAUACAUCUCCACCUCCCUGCAAUGGGCGCUGAGGUCUAAUGUCAUUCAGAGGCAGUUUGCACGGUAGAGAUUGAUAGGAACAGCUGUCAAUCAAGGCUCAUUUUUAUUGCAUCAGAUUAUCAAUGUAAACGAACUUCUCUGAAUAAUGAAAUCUUGGACAAAAAAUCUGCAUUAUAAGAAAAAACUACAGUGACAGAAAGCAUAUUUGGGAAACAUGUAUUUAAUGUGUAUUUUACAUUUAUAGUCUAACCCAUGUCCCAUCUGUUAACAUGGAGGAGGCAGGCUUUAUGAUCUACACUGAGUGGUACAAAGGCAGAUAUUUGAGCUUCAUUUUCAGUCUAUGGUUGACAUCAUGGUAAUUGUGAUUUAUUUUCAGUAAUCACCAGCAGUGGAUACAGCCCUCGCUCAGCCAGCCAGUACUCCCCUCCGCUUUAUCCUUCGAAGUAAGUAUUGAAGUCCUACAUUACAGAAUCUGCUCUCUGCUGCAAGCACCUGCUGUUUCCUCACCUGUUUGGACCUCUUUGUCACAGGCCGUACCCACACAUCCUCUCUACACCGGCAGCUCCCCCCAUGCCCACGUACGCCGGUCAGCCCCAGUUCAGCAGCAUGCAGCAGUCUACUGUCUACACCGCAUACUCCCAGACAGGACAGGCGUACGGACUGUCCACCUAUGGUAAUGAUAAACACACUCUCUCAGACAAAAGUAGAGCAAUACAAAGAACAGUGGAAGCACCAAUCAACUUUUGCAUGAAGGUUUCGCUUAUUCCACUGUGGAGUAUUAGUAUUAGUAUAAGGGAAAAACAUCCUUGAAAACAACUUUUAAUCGACCAGAUGUAUCUUAUUCUUCAAAAUAAAAGCGAGACAAAUAAUUUCUUUGUGAGGAAACCUCUUCUCCAAAGAUAUUUCAGUCACACAGCCUGUGAUAUGGAUAAAUCAUAAAUUUGAACAUAAUUAGAAAUGGAUAGUUUAAUGUAAGGUAAUUGUGAUUAUUGGUCAAAUUUAUGGGCAUAUGCAGUAUUUUAUCUUGCUUCACCCUUGUCUUACCUUUUCUUUAUUAUACUCCCUGAGUAUUGUUUGUUUAGACAAAAGGCUGACGCUGCACAUAAAACUGAAAUGUUAUUUAUACAUUAAUAAUAAUCUCAAACGGUGGUGUCAGUCUUACAGUUUAGAGACUAAUGGUUUACUGGUGCUGUCAAAUCUGUAAAGAUUGUUCAAUGUUUUGUUGUUAUUCUUUUGAAUUUGUCAGACCUGGGUGUGAUGCUGCCGGGCAUUAAAACAGAGAGCGGCCUGGCUCAGAGUCAGUCUCCUCUGCAGACCGGCCUCAGCUACAGCCCCGGCUUUACCACACCUCAGCCCGGACAGACUGCAUACUCCCCCUACCAGAUGCCAGGUCAAUAUCUCAAAAACAUCCAACAAUUUUACAUUCUGACUCAAAAUACCGACCUUUAACUUUUCUGUCUCUAUUGCUUCCUCUUUGUGUCCUUAGGUUCCAGUUUCACUCCGUCCUCAGGCCUCUACGCCACCAACAACUCAGUGUCCAACCCCGCCAACUACACUGCCACACAGCAGGUAAGCCAUCGUCUCUGUACAGGCUUGACUCUAAUUCAAACCUGGAGCGGUGUUAUGGUUUUACUGAAUAUUGUGUACACUUUCCCAGGGUAAUAAGAAAGCCCUGCUUCUCUGGAGGUUAGCUCUGAGUUGUCCGCUCUGAUUGACCCAAAGCGCUCGCUUUUUUCAAACUGAAUUAGGGGAUUUUGUGCGGUGAAGUUUUGAUAGUAUUUGAAAGCAGAAGUGGUUUUACAGUCGCACUCCCACACAGUUUCCCCUCACUUAGAGCUGCUUCAAAAAAUAAAGCUUUGUUUGACUGAGCUGUUGCAACAGAGACAAGCUAGAACAGAGUCAGAUGAUUAGUCUUUGUGAAAGAGUGUUUCAGUUUGAGUAUUUCUCCAUGUCUUUAUGAUGAUUUAUAAUGUGGCAAUAAAAUGCUUAAAGGGGAUUUUAAUGUCCCGCUGUGAUAGAUGUGGCUGUUUACAGGAAGAAAGUCAAGGUUUGGCUUGUGUGGGUGGAUUAGGGGGAAUAUAGAGAGUGUAUGAGUUUAAUAGCAAAGACAGAAAUGGAGAGAGGGACUGAUAGACAGCAGGUCUUUGUGUACAUGCGUUGCUGACUACACACAAACUGGGAGUGUGUAAGUGCAUUCAUGUGGUGUGCUCCACUUUACAAGGACUUGUAGAGAUGGACGUAGUGACAGGUUUAGAGAGCUGGCUCGUAAAAGCACCCAUCUCCUCUGGGUCAGUAAAAAGCAGCGACACAAGGCUUUAAUUGUUCCAGAGGUAUAAAAUACAGGAUUUAGGGAAUAAAAAAAGAGAGAACGCUUGUAAAAUCUUCAAAAGUAAGUCAGAAUCUUUGGAGAACAGUGUCACAUGUAUGUUUUUCCUUUAUUUUUCUCUCUUUGUCUCACUCAGGAUUAUCCCUCAUACACCACGUUUGGCCAAAACCAGUACGCCCAGUAUUAUUCCGCGUCCACUUACGGGACUUACAUGACCUCAAACAGCGUGGAUGGCACGGGCUCUACAGCAGCCUACCAGCUGCAGGAUCCAGCUCCUGCCAUAACGGGACAGGCUGCUGAACUCCACCCAGGUUAGAGUCGAAAAUAUGCUAAUAAACAUCUGCCUUUUCAUCAAUUUCUUCUUCAAACUGGCUCCACAGGCGUGUUUUCCAGUUGAGAAAUACCACAGUUUGGGUAAGAGAGUUCAAAACUCUUUUUUCAGGCGAGAUGAAGCACAAGUCACGUCAAACUGUUGUCAUAGCAACCUGGCAUUGAGCUCCCUAAUUGAAGAAUCAGUCGUGUUUACAUUAGCCCCCGAGGCUUUGAUUAUGCUGAAGCUAUGUUAAAUAUUGCACUUCUGUAGAAAAGUUAAGAGGGGGAAGAAAUAAAAAACAACCUCAAAAGAGCCAACGUAAACGAAAAAAGGACUUUCUUGUCUUUGUCAAACAUUUUUCUAAAGUUUCUAUUGGCUGUCAUACAGGAAGCUUAUCGCUCUCUCUGCCGCUGCCACUUUCCCUGUCUCACUCCUUCCUUUUCUUCUCGUCCCACUUUGUGUCUGUUAUUUUUGUCGCUCACAUGCUCUUUGUGUCUUUCCCUGUCUUUAUCCUCCCCCUCUCUCCCUCCCUGAUUGAGACAUAACAAUAUGUGAGCUGAAGCUUAGCGUCUGGUUCUAGUUACCACACAGCAGUGGGAGCAUAUGGCAUCAGGAGGGUGCGUGUGUUUAAGUGUGCAUACAAGAAUGUGUGCUCCUGCGAAAACUUUGUAUGUACAGUAUCUUUGAGGAAAGCCUCGGGUUUCCUAACUUUUCCUGAUUUAUUGUACGACUCCUCUGUUAAAUCUUGACACAGUGAGUUAUCGUGAAUCAGUCAGAAAAACCAGGGCUACUUCUGUUUAUUCUUUCGGUCGUGUUUCAGCUGAUCCGCAGUGCCAAUUACCUUGAGUUAUUAAAGCUGACAAGAUGGCUUAUUACCGCGCAAAGUUUGAGUUAUGGCUUUUCCUGAGGUGAAUACAACUCCAGGGCACCUGUGGGAUCGGCUCAAGCCACGUCAUUACCGUAGCUUUAAUGCAGAAGAUACAGUCUGAGAGCAACAGUGGACUGUUGAAUAAUCUAAAAGAGUUAAAAGUCUAAUGUUUGCAUGCACUUGCAGCGGAUUUUGACACGGUUCAAAGCCCCUCCACGCCCAUCAAAGAGCUGGACGACCGUGCCUGCAGAAGCGGGGGAUCUAAGUCACGGGGUCGAGGCCGCAAAAACAACCCGUCCCCUCCGCCUGACAGUGACCUGGAGGUAAGAAACUAGAAAACACCCGCUGACAGAGCAACUGAUAACAUCCUAUUCAAAUCUCUGUGGAUAUUCUGGUAUUCCUUAUGAUCUUUAUCCUCUUUGUCUCAGAAGACAGCAGGGGACAGGCAGGACCACACAUAACACAGUCUGUUUGUGUACUUGUGUUUCUCAUCGUCUUAAUUUUUUCUCUUGCAGAGGGUGUUUGUGUGGGACCUCGACGAGACGAUCAUCGUCUUCCACUCUCUGCUCACUGGCUCCUAUGCACAGAAAUAUGGCAAGGUAAGAUCAUCAUGCUGCCUUUACUGUGUGUUUGCUGUAAUUGCCUUUUAAAUCAAGGUCAAAUCCCCCUGUCCUCUUUUGUUCAGUUAAACUGGAGCACCAGAUUACAGCUGGGAUAACACGGGGCAGGAUCUGAGUUAAUGAAGGCUGAUGAAGCUUCACACUUUGGGCCAAGUUUUUUUAAAAGAAGCCUAAAGUGGACAAAUGGGGGUUUUCUCAUCGAAACCUCAUCUCCUUAAUAAUCCCUUUAAGUAUUCUUGCAGUGAGUUGUCUGUGGACUAGUUUGCCCUUUUCUUUGACUCACAGGGUGCAUCCAGACAGCUGUGAUUUUUUGGCCUUUGUCAGGUGCAUUUUUUUUAAAGAGCUGCAGAAACCAUUCAGGGCUAUAAAAUAGAAGAAUCCCUCCUUUUAUUAUUUGUUUGAAUUAUAGCUGUAAUUACCAUCUGUAUUGUACGAAAGGGGAUUAGGGUCCUACAUACAGAGAGAAAAAUUACAGGAAGGAGAUUAAAGUCAAAAUUUUGAGAUUAAAGUCAAAAUUUCAAGAUUCAAAGAAUUGAAAUUAUGUCAAUAAAGUCAAAAUUUCGAGAUUAAAAGUAAAAUAUUGAGAUUCAAGUCAAAAAUUUGAGAUCACAAUAUGUCAAGAAUAAUGCUGAAAUUUCGAGGUUAAAAAAAACAAAAAUUUUGAGAUUGAAGUCAGAACUUUGAGAUUAAAGUUGAUGUGAAUAAGGUCAAAAAUUUAUGAAUUAAAUCAAAAUAUAAAGAUUUAAAUCGAAGUUAUGAGAUUAGAGUUGACACAAAUAAAGAAAAAAUUUCAUGAAUAAAGUCGUAAUGUUGAGAUGAUGAACAGUGUUGUCGCUCGUCACUCGACAACAUGUCCUCUGUAGAAGAGUUUGUAAAGCUGUACUUUAGAAUUGGAUUUGGUAACAAGAAAAUCCUUGCUCUUUUAGCACACACUCUGAGUGUGGUCAAAAGUACUCAGACUCAGAGAAGAUUACGACUCUACAGAAGAAUUAAACAGACAAACUUGGAGGAGGUUGCUGUCUUUGUGCAAAAUGUGAUUUUUUUCUUUCGGCUUUUUUAAAUUUCGACUUUAAUCUUGAAAUGGUAAAAAAAAAAAUCUCCCUCCUGUAAUUAUUUUUUUUCUUUUCUUGUGGCCCGAAUCCUCUUUCGUAAUAUUGAUUUAGCUAAUGUUUGUGUGUAAGGUUUUCAUUUGAGCUGGAUGCUCAUAUGAUAUUUCUCUAGGUGUUAUUUCACACAUAGAUAAUGACUUUGGUAACACAUUUAUGAACCCACUUCUUAUUACACUUUAUAAGCACAUUAUAAAUGCAUCUUUAAGGCUUUAUAGCAACCCUUAUGAAUGAUUAUAAACAUUUAUAACAGCAUACAGCAACAUUUUUGUUAUAAGCAGUGAGCAUAAUGCCUCAUGAAGCUAUGAUUUAUAAUGCAUUAAUCCAAUUUCCUUCAGUGAAUAGCUACUAACUUCAAAUACUUAUACAAUAUGUAUGUAGAUUUUUUAAGAGGUCCCAAACAUUAAAAUAUGUGUUUCAAUGAGCUUCAUGUCAAAAAUAAUCAUAGAUGCUUUUAUUGGUUCAUUACUAUUAAAUCUUUUCUAACACAGAGGGUCCAGAUUUCACCGUAAGUCUAUUCGGUGGUCUCGCCUUUUUACAUACAGUGUUAUAGCUCCAGUUCUUUUAAUAGACCCUGGCUCUGAUCUGGGAUCAUCAUAUGUGGCCAAGGCUGCAGAUUUUUAUUGGGUGAUGUCGUUUCCUAUGGGCACUCGAGUGGCCACCACCAGCCUGCCCUGUACACGCUCUGAGACCUGCAGAGUCCAUUCCGAUGGUCUUGUUUGGCAGCUGAACAAAAGCUGGCACCACGCACACACAGUUAUAAGCCCUGGCAUUUUACUGAACGGGUUUGUGGCCACAGAUGUACUUCCUAUUUGAGCUGCAGCCGUGGAAUUUAAUAUUUGGCAAUCGGUAUUAAAUGGCCUUAAAAAACGCCCUGUUGAGUUGUAAAUUUCUGCAUGAGUAUGGAAACGAGAGCAGAGGCAUUCUUUUGGUUAAUUCAUCUUGGUUUGCAUUAUUUUAACUGUCAACUGUCAUGUGCUAGAAUAUUUAAACAACAAGUCAUUCAGCUUGUUUUUAAAGGGAUAUUAUGGCGUAAAUUGAAGUUAUGGUCAAACAGACUGUAACACCGAGUUAGACACCCCCUCGAGAGAUGAAUGUUGCCGACUGUUUGCUUCUCUAGUUAUACCAACUUUAGUAAUGACCGCACAAUAGCAAUACACAGCGGUCUACGUCUCCACACACAAACCUCAAUGAAAAAGCCACUCUAUAGCCACAAAUAAUGUCCAGAACAGCACCUAACUUCAUCAACAGUACAUAUAGGGUCCCAGACAUAGUACUAGUCAUCAAACAUCUUUUUAGCUUUGCCUGGUUUCUUUAGCAAAGUGACGAAACACAACUCACCCACUCUCCUCCAGCAGCUGCUUGUUUGUGGAGGAGCCCUGAUAAAUCAAUCGCUGAGUGCAGCAGAAAAUUUAUGAUUAUUACUUCAUGGAAAUGCAAUCAGACCGAGACGCUAAGGCAGAAGAACUACCGCAUCUGCAGUGCACAUACAAGAUACACAAGAACUCUGAUCAUAAAUCAUAAACGUUCUUACUUUAGCUGCGAAACUCCCCUUAAGAGUCAAAUGAAGUUCCCAUCAAAUAUUUUUGUUGCAGGUAACCAUUUACAAACUCCUCAUUGGAGUUUUAAAGCAAAAACCAGACUGUAAUCCAAGGUCGCUUCAGUCCAUGUAAGCUGACCAAACGUAAGCAUUACAAAAAAAACAAAAAAAAAAGGAUGAGCUCUGAAAUACCUGCCCCUGAAAUAAUUUUACAAGCAUUUUUUCACCUCAUCUGCCACCAGUGCUCUGCAGAAAUACAGUGGCAGCUGUGUCUGUUCACACCUCGCCUGAAAUAGUGUUUACAGUGUUGACAUAGCAACCGCAGGACCUAUGUGCAACUCUCAUAGGGUCUUGUGUGUUUCUUAUGGUGUACUUGUGUAAUGGUAGCACACAGAUACACACCUGUUGGGGAUGGUUUAAUCAAGGAUAAUGAUUGUAAGGAGAUAAAUCAUGAGGGCAGUGGGAUGGUUUCAUUCGCAGCUGUGUUUGAUUCAACUUUUCUGGAAAAAUAUACAACACGGUGCAAGGUAACUCAUUUCAACACUCAUCUGGAAAGCAGCCAACGUAAUCAUUACCUGACAGAUAAUCUCGAGUGCCUCUUCCCUCUGUGACAGGAAAAGAAAUGCAGUAAAAUUGCUGCACUUGGUUUUAAUGGCUGUUAAGUUUUUGGAGAACAUUAUAGCGUGCUCCCUCUCUGUUUCUUCACACUUUCUCACACUCAGAAAUACUGUCAAUCUAUAACCCCCCCCUCUCUCUUUCUCUCUGACCCUCUCCUUUUUUUCCCUAUGUCCCUCACUCGCUCACUUUCACUCUCCUUUCAGUCACUUUCUUUCUAUUCUGGUCGUCUGACAGCGUCAGCGAAUCGCGCUGCAAGCUGUCAUCCCUCCCUGACCUAUCACAGAUGAUGGUUUUUGCAGCUGAGCCCCUGGCUGGCAGUGCAGACACUCACACAAACAAACACACAAACCAUUCACAUACCACAUACACUCCAAGCAUCCCUCUUUGAGGUUACACACUCUCGUAUACACACACGAAAACACACACACUCUUCCUCUCUGUGCCCCCCCCCCUCUACAAAUACCCACCAACACCAAGUAUGAGGAAUGUUGAUGGGACAGAACAAGUGCAACCUGUCUGUCAGCAUCUGCUCUGAUGAGUGGAGCGUACCAACUGUGGGGAGAGGGGGAUUUGAGGAAGAGUAAGAGUGUAAGGCUGAAUGUUUUUAUGUAGGGAGAGCAGGAGGAAGUAAAGUCAAGCAAAAAAAAAAGGCCAUGACCUGAUAUAUGCUGAUGUCAUCGUUAGUAACGCUGAUGUCAUCUUUUUCUUCAUCAGGACCCUCCUAUGGCGGUAACCCUGGGCCUGAGGAUGGAGGAGAUGAUCUUCAACUUGGCUGACACACACUUAUUCUUUAAUGACCUGGAGGUGAGACACAGAGAUCAGAAUCAAACCAGAAACCACACAUGACAUUUACAAGCUUGAUCGAAAAGGUUUCAGGUUUUUCUUCUACAAAAUUCAACAUGAAGAGCCUCAAGGGUUGUCAGAGUUAGAGACAGACUCCUACUGCCCUCUAGUGGUGUUAAAUUAAACUACAUACCCCCUACUGUUAGAGCUGCCAGCAGAUUAUUUUAUAGUUUUUUGUUUUUUAAAUGGAGGUAAAAGGCAAAGAUGUUUGUUGCCCUCUGAGUAUUUAUCAGUCUAUUGUUGCCGAUUGAACCCUUAAACCUCCUGCAUUUAAUCUAUUAUUACUCUUAGUAUUACGAUAAUUAUUAUUAUUAUUAUUAGAAGUAGUAGUAUAUUAUUUUGACCAGUUUGUAUAUUUGUGUGUAUGUGUGUGCAGGAGUGUGACCAGGUUCAUAUUGAUGAUGUGUCAUCAGACGACAACGGCCAGGACUUGGGGUGAGGAUUUAACCAAACAUAUUUUCCUGAUUUUAGGACAAUGAAAACUUUUGGUGUCUCAAACGUAUCUUUGAUUUGAAUGCUGAUUGUUUAGCUCCAGAGAAAACUUGAAAAUGUAUACAGUUUGGUUGUACGUUUUAUAGAAUGUAAGUAGUUAAGUUAUAGAAACACUGUUUGUAAUCGUAUCUGUGGUGCUGGAUUAUGAAAAUAAACAUCUGAUCUUUUUUCUUACCAGAGCAGAUUUUUUUAAAUAAAACAUAUCAUUAUUAUUGACAGUACUUACAGUUUUGCAACUGAUGGCUUCCAUGCAGCUGCAACCAGCGCCAACCUGUGCCUGGCUACGGGCGUCCGCGGCGGGGUGGAUUGGAUGAGGAAGCUGGCCUUCCGCUACCGACGAGUCAAAGAGUUGUAUAGCACAUACAAAAACAAUGUGGGGGGUAAGCCAAUGUGACGGCUGACGAAGAAGAAGAAGAGUUUUUGCUCACUUGUACCUGUUAUUACUUAGAGUACACAAUGUACUGAACCUGAUACUGUGCUUAGACUCUGAGGCAUUGAGACUCUCCAUGUAUGAAAGCACCAAAUCUUCAAUUGCUACAUUUCAGAGAAAUUAUUUAGAAAAGAUGAGAUCUAGUCCUGACGCUCCUGCUGUAAUCCCUCUAAGAUUUAUCCCUGUUGUAACCCUGUGUUAGGUCUGCUGGGUCCUGCUAAAAGAGACGCCUGGCUGCAGCUCAGAGCAGAGGUGGAGGCUCUGACCGACUCCUGGCUCACCCACGCGCUCAAGUCCCUGUCCAUCAUUAGCUCCAGGUGAAAUUUUGUGUGAAACCCUUGUUUUAUUCAUAAACUGAAGACUUUUACAAGCUUAUUCUAUAUUCAGAAUCCCUUCAAAAUAAUUGUAGGUUCCAUUUAUCCUCCCUGUCAUUCAUGUAUUCAACUGUCUGUCUGCGUUUCUCAGGAGUAACUGUGUAAAUGUGUUGGUGACCACAACACAGCUUAUACCGGCGCUGGCGAAAGUUCUCUUAUAUAGUUUGGGAUCAGUUUUCCCCAUCGAGAACAUCUACAGUGCAACAAAAAUAGGUAAGUCGUGAAAUCUGGCUCGCUAACAUGCCACAUUAACUCUCUCAGUCAUCUGAUAUUAAUGGGGAGCAAUAAUCUAAUAAUUUACUGUGCAUUUGACUUCAAGCUCUCUGCCAGUUCAAAGGUUUUAUUUAUUUUAUUGAUUAUUUAUUUUGAUGUUGUUUACUCAUGUCACUCCUUUGUUAUUCAUGUCCUGCUCUCUUAUGGGUUUAGUUUGGUUCAGCUUCCAUAAACAGAAGCUCUGUAACGCCUCUAUUACAGCAACUUUUUUCUUGAGAAAUGGAGCCAAUAGAGAAGUGCAAAAAAAACACAGUUCCUUCGAUGUCCACCUGGCUGAAAAAGAACCAGGAGCCACACACACAACAAUUCAAAAUAAAACAUGUUUGCAGCCUUGUUAAAGAAAAAGUUUUCUUCUGAAUAGCUAAUACUGCGUUCCAGUUACCUUUGAAAGUUGAAUAACGGAGCUGGGAAUGACGCUAUGCCUGAGUUGACGGCGUUUCAGAACACAAGUUGGAAAACCAAGAUGGACGCCUACUGUCAGCUGUUGUUAACAAUUGUCAGCUGUCAUUAGCCGUUGUCAGUUGUUGUUAGUUUUUGUUAGCUAUACCAGUUGUAAACAACACAUACAAACACUAUAGUACGGUGUCCACAGUUAGACGUUGGGCAGUACAACAUAUACCACCUAUUUAAUUUCACAAAAACAAAACAGAAGUGCUAAUAAAAAAUACAUUAUGAGAGCUUUUACUGUUACUCUUUAUUGAAUGUAAAUGCACUGGGCUGCCAUCUUGGAUAAUGAUGUUGUCAUCAAGUUGGGGUUGGUGAGGAUCGUCCGACUUUCCGAGUCGGAAAUCCAACUUCAGAGGGGCGUUUCAGAUGAAUUUCCGACUCAGAAAUUCUGACUUUUAAGUACAACUGGAACAGUGGCGAUUGCUCUAAGACUGCAAGGGAAGCUCGGCUUCCCUUAAAAUGUCACCCCCCCAAAAAAAGAAAAAGUGGUGAAAUACGUACGGCUGUGUGUACAUUUCAUUAACUAAAUACGCACUAGAAAGCCUUCAUCUUUUGUUCAGACACUGUGAUAAGAAGCUGAUAAUCACAGGUAACCGGCAUAACUUCGUUCUCAUUCAUCCUCGCAGCGCCUCAGCGCUUCAAACAGUCGGACGCUGGGCUUCUGCUGACUUCAAUGUGGAAGCUUAAAGUGGGUUGUUCCAGCAGCGAAACUAGACGCUCAUUGGAUAAAUGCUGGGCUUUGUCCCGCCCAAUGGAAGCUAAGCUUCACUGGAGUUCUAUGGCGAGAGGGCGGUCCCGACUUUCUCCCGGACUCCAAGCUUCUGCAUUCAUGAUUGGAUGAGCUGUCUGAGGCGAAAUCCUUUUUUGAUUGACAGCUAAACAAGCGAAUCAGCGAUCUUGAAGAAUAAAACAUCUACCAGAGCAUUUUCCAAGUUAUUCAUUCCGUUGUUCUUAACUGCUCCAGAGACUUUACCGAUCCUCAGCGACUUUUGUCUUUGUUAAAAACGACUGCCGUUGUGUUUGGCGACUCUGUUCUGUUACAUACUAAUAAACAAAUACAAUUAUGAUGUAGGCCAGAAAAAUGAGCUUCCCCUCCUUGAAAGACCAGCAGCCGCCACUGAACUGGAACGCAGCAUAAUUCCUCUGUCCACACAAAUUGUGCAGGGGUGCUUUUUUACAACACAUUAAUAAUAAAGAUAUUAAGGUUGUGAGUUUUGCAUAACACAGUAGUUAAAAGUGAGGAGUCUAAACCAGAAAUACCAGGAUGUUUCACUGAGCCACAUGUUGCUGUGCACUAGGGAUGGGCAAUAGAUUAUCAUUCAUGAUUUAUCGUCAGAUAAUUCCUCCACGAUAUUCAUUUGCCAUGUCAUGAUAAACAAAAUAAAUGCAAGUUGAUGACGUAAGCACAAGCAACGGACUCGCCGCCGUAGCCAACACAGAUCAGAAUAACAAACAAACAUGGCCUAGGUGGUGAAAAAGACAUCUCUGAGCAGCUCAUUACUGAGCGAGGCUCCACAUGAGGAAUUACCUUCAAGACUGGGGUUUAGAGGAGCGCAAUCAGGUAUGCCUGACAUCAGACAGUGGAUCUCUUCACUCUGCGCGAUGGGAGUUUUUAACAAAUAUUAAAAAUAUUUUCACAUUUCACUAGUUUUCUCUACAACUUACCAAAUAAGUGUCUUAUUUGACUAUGCCAACCGGUGUCCUCAAGACAGGAUGAGUCAAAAAUGUAGAUAGGAGUUCUAAUAUUUUAUUUAUCGGGACUUUAAUCGUUAUCGCCAGAGUGGCAAAUCUUGUUGUGAUUAAUUUUUUAGCCCAUAUCGCCCAUCCCUACAUGAAAACGUGUCUGUGGUUAUGGAUGAUUUCUUCAAGUCAUAGAAAGUGAAGGAGUCUAAAAACUACAAUACAAACUUAUCAAGGAAAGUGUAGAGAAUAUGAUCAGUGGAUAUACGCUUCAAAGUGCAGCAUGCGGAUGUAUUAUCGCCCAGUCCUCUGUAAAGGGAUAACUGUGUUUGUGACUCUCUGCUGCACUCAGCUGUGCCUCUUCAUGUGUUGUAUUUCCAUGUAAACAAAUGAAAACGCUGUGAAAGCCAUUUGUUUGUCUCCAGGAAAAGAGAGCUGUUUUGAGCGUAUAGUCUCCCGCUUUGGCACUAACAUUACAUAUGUUGUGAUUGGCGAUGGGAAGGAUGAAGAGCAUGCAGCCAGCCAGGUAAUCAAACGGCUCCUGAACUUUGACCCCUCUGACCAUGUGACCCUCCUUCCUCCCCCCUGUUUAUUUGUUUUUUUGCAGGAAAAGAGAGUUGCUUUGAACGCAUAAUGCAAAGGUUUGGCAGGAAAGUAGUGUAUGUUGUAGUUGGGGACGGUGUUGAAGAGGAGCAGGCGGCCAAAAAGGUAAUGGACACCCGGCCUCACUGUGACCCUGCCUCCUCCUCACAGUGUGAGCUUUGAUUGGACGAAGCCUGCCUUUCUUUGCUGUAGAGGUUUUGUGUUGGUUGGUUUUUUUCCUGUUCUACUUGCUGUUGCUUUUUUAUUUUUGUAGAGUAGCAGAGACUUCUGAUAUUGGCUUUUAUAGGACUUAAAUGUGCAUUUUGAACCAACUCCUGAAAAACAAUUUGUGUGCCAACUGCAGCUUUUUUUUAAGUAGGGGGUCAUAUAAUCAGAUAAAUAGGUUCAAAAUUGACCCUGAUUUUGUCACAUUUGAGUUCAAAGAUUAAAGGCUACCUAAAUGCACACAGGGGUUCAACCUUAAAUAUCUUUGUACAGAGUAAUGAUGGUUGUAUGGAGUGUGGUUUGUGGAUCUUGCCUUUAAAAAAGAUCAAGAUUAAAGCAGUUGCAGCACAGAGAUUUACUCUGUCACUUUUUUUUAUCUCUGAGAAAUGAAUCAAGAUCCGAUCUUUUCUCCAGCUUUGGGUUUCAUUCUUAAUGCUGGGUGCUGGAAUAGUCAAUGGAAGAGUUUGACAUUGUGGGAAAUCAGCAUCAAUGAUUAAAGUCACUCUCUUAUCUGCCUUGCUAUGCCUAACUCAGUAUGCAGGAAGCUACCAAAAAUAGCAGGUUUGGCUCUAUUUAAAGUUGACACGGUCCACUUCUCAGCCGGGGUGGAAAAUAUUGUAAAAAUAUAUGUUUUUUUUUUUUUUUAAUCAUAUUUUAGCUUUUUUGAAAGUCACAGGCAAUUACAAUCAAACACUAUCCCUAUUCCAAAAAUACAGUCUUAAAAACUUUUAUGGAUCGACACCAACCUGCUAAUGGGACUGGGGACUGGGACAAUCUCAUGCAUUUACAUGUAAUGUUCAUUAAUGCAUAUUGUCCUUUUUAAAAAUAAAUAAAUCACAAAUCCUAAGAAAAGAAGUUUAAAAGAGCCUCACUGUGAUUGAAUCUGUGUGUGAUUUGGUCAAUUAGUGCUAAAUACAGCUGACUCUGGACGACAAAGUUGACAUGGAUCUGUUCUUUAGCAAUCCUAACGAAAACGACUUUUAACUUAAUUUGUUUGAGAUGAUAAAACAAGUUGGUCAUAUUUUAGAGUGUGAUUUCUGAACAGAGGCUUUCUUUGGAUUUCCCAUCUUUGCAGAGUCCAAUCUAACCCUAACAGACACAGACUCUGCUGUCUGGUACUGUGUUAGUAAAUGCAUCAUUAAAAAGAUUUUAAAAAUGCUGAAAUCUUUAUAAAAGUGGUCCAAGAAUUUGCAAACCUAAUGUCACUGUCAACACGAUCUGGAUCUGUUGUUAGAUUUUCAUGCUCAGCUGGGUCAUCAGCUCCUUUUUGUGGCUUUAGAGGGUUGAUAACAGAGUGACAUCUUCUUAACUAAAAGAUCUGAGCACAGCGGCAGUGAGCGUUGUUUCCCUGAAUGUUGAACUCCUCCUUUGAAGCACAAGGAUUGCAUGGAUUUUGUUUGCAGUGCUUUUGCAGAGCGAGCAGCUACAAGCUACAGUAGUGUAGCUUGCAUGACUUGAGGUGGUGGUGUGCGGCAUGAAACUGUCCUGUUAGUGUUAAUGUGUGUGUGUGUGUGUGUUUUCAAUCUGCAGCACAACAUGCCUUUCUGGAGGAUAUCCAGUCACUCUGACCUGCUGGCACUACACCAAGCACUGGAGUUUGAGUACCUGUAACUGUUAAAGUGAUGUGGACUCAUGCAAUGUUACCAUGGACAUGAUCAGCCAGGCAGCCUCCUUCUUUUGUAUAACUAUUUAAGAACAAACAAUACACUGCAACUGUUUUUUGUGAUUUUUUUUUUGUCUUGAUUUUUGAACGUCUGGAUUUACAAACUCUGAAUGGUCUUAAGAAGCAAAGGAGAGGUGAGAAAUGAAGAAAAGAACAUCAAGAGGGUGAAGAGAUGAUUUUGAAUCCCCAGCUCAGCCUGCCUGGCUCUGGUUCUGGGAAUAGACUGCUGUGAAAAUGACCCUCCUUGCAGCUGUAGCAGACUGAGAGCCUGAAAUGGCCUGAACCUUACCUGGUCCUGGAGGAUUUUUGGGUUGUUCUGGAAAUCAAAUGAUCUCCCAUUAUCGAGGUCUCCUCUGUACUGGCAGCGUGAUGAUGAGUGCGAGGACAACGGCUGCUUUUUAAAAAUGUUUUCUUCCUGGUGGUAUAAUCACAACACAUCAAUGCAGUCUGCAGCAGAAACUUGUGUAAAUUAUUGACAAUAAACUUAAAGAGCAGAGGUGGAUAUUACGCUCAAGGGAAGGGAACUUUACUUUUGGGGGUUUUUUGUUCUCUGGAUUUUUGUAAUUUUGGGUGGGGGGCUGAGAAUGUGCGUCAUGAUGUGUUGUGCCUUAAUGUGUUUGAAUGUCCUUUCUUUAUUCAGAAAUGUUUAUGUAUGUAGAUAUAAAGGUAAAAACCUAUCCAAAUGA